GGAAAGAACUUGAAGUCCCAGAACAUUGUACUCAUUCAUUCUGUUCUAAAGGUGGUAAUUUUAGCAGGUCUUUUACAAGUCCUCUCAAGCUUAAAACGUUGUAUUUUUGAUGCAGUAUUAAUAGCGUUUGUGUGGGUGCAUUUUUAAUUGCGAGCGGGUCUACUCGAGCGUGUGUGUAGCUGUGGUCUGUCGACAUCAUCAUGUGACUGUGACAGCUGCCUGUCACUCUUAGCCCCUGAGGAGGCUCUCUCCGAGGACACGGCUUUCCUUUGUUGCUUACCGUGUGUGGUGUGUGUGUGUGUGUGUGUGUGUGUGUGUGUGUGUGUGUGUGUACGCGCGUGUGUGUGCGUGUCUGUGUGUAAGACAGCUUGAGAGAGAGAAUUAUAUGUUUGUGUUUGUCUGUUUGAGUGUGUGUGUGUGUGUGAUUAAAGUUUUAAUAUCACAUGCACAAGUACAAUGAUAUUCCUUUCUUGCAAGCUCUAAACCCAACAAUGCAGUAAUCAAUAACAAUGUAAUACUAAAAAUAACAUAAGGUAGAACAAAUAGAAAGAUAAAUAAAAAGAAGAACACGAUAAAGUAAGCAAGCAUAAUAUAUACAGGUUCAGUUCCAGUACCAUAUUUACAAUAUGCAGGGAUACUGGAGUGAUAGUGGUAGAUAUGUGUAGGGGUAACUAGUCAUCAGGAUAUAUUAUAAACAGAGUAGCAGCAGCGUAUAUGAUGAUGGUAUGUCAGUGGGUGUGUGUGUGUAGAGUCAGUAUAAAUGUAUGUGCAUAUUAUGUGUGUGUGAGCAAAUGAUGAAGUGAGUGUUUGUGUGUGUGUUGGAGUGUCAGUGUGCGUGAGUGUGUAGGGCCAUGUGAGUGUGCAUAGAGACUGCAAAAUAAAAUAAAAAAAACGGUAUAUAUACACACUACCAGUCAAAGGUUUGGACACACCUACUCAUUCAAGGGUUUUUCUUUAUUUGUACUAUUUUUUAUAUUGUAGAAUAAUAAGACAUCUAUGAAACAACACUAUGAAAUAAAACAUGUGGAAUCAUGUAGUAACCAAAAAAGUGUUAAACAAAUAUAUAUUUGAGAUUCUUCAAAUAGCCACCCUUUGCCUUGAUGACAGCUUUGCACACUCUUGGCAUUCUCUCAACCAGCUUCAUGAGGUAGUCACCUGGAAUGCAUUUCAAUUAACAGGUGUGCCUUCUUAAAAAGCCUCAGAAAUUGCAGCGCAAAUAAAUGUUUCACAGAGUUCAAGGCAGAGACACAUCUCAACAUCAACUGUUCAGAGGGGACUGUGGGAAUCAGGCCUUUAUGGUCAAAUUGCUGCAAAGAAACCACUACUAAAGGACACCAAUAAGAAGAAGAGACCUGCUUGGGCCAAGAAACACGAGCAAUGGACAUUAGACCAGUGGAAAUGUGUCCUUUGGUCUGGAGUCCAAAUUGGAGAUUUUUGUUUCCAACCGCCAUGUCUUUGUGAGACACGGUGUGGGUGAACGGAUGAUCUCUGCAUGUGUAUUUCUCACCGUAAAGCAUGGAGGAGGUGGUGUUAUGGUGUGGGGUGCUUUGCUGGUGAUUUAUUUAGAAUUCAAGGCACACUUAACCAGUAUGGCUACCACAGCAUUCUGCAACGAUACGCCAUCCCAUCUGGUUUGGGCUUAGUGGGACUAUCAUUUUGUUUUUCAACAGGACAAUGACCCAACACACCUCCAGGCUGUGUAAGGGCUAUUUGACCAAGAAGGAGAGUGAUGGAGUGCUGCAUCAGAUGACCUGGCCUCCACAAUCCCCCGACCUCAACCCAAUUGGGAUGGUUUGGGAUGAGUCGGACCGCAGACUGAAGGAAAAGCAGCCAACAAGUGCUCAGCAUGUGGGAACUCCUUCAAGACUGUUGGAAAAGCAUUCCACGUGAAGCUGGUUGAGAGAAUGCCAAGAGUGUGCAAAGCUGUCAUCAAGGCAAAGGGUGGCUAUUUGAAGAAUCUCAAAUAUAAAAUAUAUUUUGAUUUGUUUAACACUGUUUUGGUUACUACAUGAUUCCAUAUGUGUUUUUUCAUAAUUUUGAUGUCUUCACUAUUAUUCUACAAUGUAGAAAAUAGUAAAAAUAAAGAAAAACCCUGGAAUGAGUUGGUGUGUCCACACUUUUGACUGGUACUGUGUAUAUACACACACAAGGAUCAACACAGUCCGUGUAGCCAUUUUGUUAGCUAUUUAGCAGUCUUAUGGCUUGGAAAUAGAAGCUGUUGUUAAUACAUUGCAUUCAAUGGUAAAAGAUGAGUGUCACAAGGUUGACACUUAUGUCAAUACAUCACAGUCAAUGGGGAAAGAUAAGUGUCAACAAACUGACGCUUAUGUCAAUACAUGGCAUUCUAUGGAAAAAGAUAAGUGUCACAGGGUUGAUGCUUACAGUGGGGAAAAAAGUAUUUAGUCAGCCACCAAUUGUGCAAGUUCUCCCACUUAAAAAGAUGAGAGAGGCCUGUAAUUUUCAUCAUAGGUACACGUCAACUAUGACAGACAAAUUGAGAAAUAAAAUCCAGAAAAUCACAUUGUAGGAUUUUUAAUGAAUUUAUUUGCAAAUUAUGGUGGAAAAUAAGUAUUGGUCACCUACAAAAGCAAGAUUUCUGGCUCUAAAGACCGUACUCUUCUUUAAAGUCCUUGUCUCCACUCGUCCUGUAUUAUGGAUUUUUGAUGUUUCAGUAAAGACAUUCCACAACCUAACGUCAACCCAACCCAUUGCAAGCCAAAGAGCUGUGCAACCAGAACAAAUGUAGACCGCACCAGGCUGGGAGAUGAAUUGCAAGUAGCAGCUGUUUGAAGAAAUCAACUGUGGAGCAAUUUAGAAAUGAAACAUACAAACCAAUAAUUUCAUCUGGGCUCCACCAAGAUCUACCCCGUGGGGUCAAAUGAUCACAAGAACGGUGAGCAAAAAUCCCAGAACCACACGGGGGGACCUAGUGAAUGACCUGCAGAGAGCUGGGACCAAAGUAACAAAGCCUACCAUCAGUAACACACUACGCCGCCAGGGACUCAAAUCCUGCAGUGCCAGACGUGUCCCCUGCUUAAGCCAGUACAUGUCCAGGCCCGUCUGAAGUUUGCUAGAGUGCAUUUGGAUGAUCCAGAAGAGGAUUGGGAGAAUGUCAUAUGGUCAGAUGAAACCAAAAUAGAACUUUUUGGUUAAAAACUCAACUCAUCGUGUUUGGAGGACAAAGAAUGCUAAGUUGCAUCCAAAGAACACCAUACCUACUGUGAAGCAGGGGGGUGGAAACAUCAUGCUUUGGGGCUGUUUUUCUGCAAAGGGACCAGGACGACUGAUCCGUGUAAAGGAAAGAAUGAAUGGGGCCAUGUAUCGUGAGAUUAUAGGUGAAAACCUUCCAUCAGCAAGGGCAUUGAAAGAUGAAACCGUUGGAUGGGGUCUUUCAGCAUGACAAAUGAUCCCAAACCACCAAGCCCGGUGCAACGAAGGACGGGGGCUUCGUAGAAGCAUUUCAAGGUCCUGGAGUGGGACCUAGCCAGUAUCCCAGGAAUCUCAAACCCCAUAGAAAAUCUGUGGAGGGAGUGGUUGAAAAGUCCGUGUUGCCCAGCGGACAGCCCCAAAACAACAACAACUGCUCUAGGGGAGAUUUCUGCAUGGUAGGAUUGGGCCAAAACUACCAGCCAACAGUGUGUGAAAAACCUUGUGAAGACUUACAGAAAUGAUUUUUGACCAUGUGUCUGUUGCCCAACAAAGGGUAUAUAACAAAGUAUUGAGAAACUUUUGUUAUUGACCAAAUACUUAUUUUCCACCAUAAUUUGCAAAUAAAUUCAUUAAAAAUCCUACAAUGUGACUUUCUGGAGAAAAAAAAUCUCAAUUUGUCUGUCAUAGUUGACGUGUACCUAUGCUGAAAAUUACAGGCCUCUCUCAUCUUUUUAAGUGGGAGAACUUGCACAAUUGGUGGCUGACUAAAUACUUUUUUCCCCCACUGUAUGUCAAUACAUUUGCAGUCAAUGGUAAAAGACAAGUGUCAACCUAUUGACGCUUAUCUCAACACAUUGCGUGCAAAAAUACAAUAAGAUACAAUGGUCAACUCUGUCCAUGUAGCCAUUCUGUUAGCUUUUUAGUUAGCUCUGUAGCAGUCUUAUGGCUUGGGGAUAGAAGUCGUUUAGGAGCCUGUUGGUGUCAGACUUGAUGCACCGGUACCAUUUCCGUAGUCUUGAAUGAUUUUCCCGGCCUUCCUUUCACACCGCCUGAUAUAGAGGUCCUGGAUGGCAGGGAGCUCGGCCCCAUUGAUGUACUGGGCUGUCCAAACCACCCUCUGUAGCGCCACACGAUCGAGGGCGGUGCUAUUGCCAUACCAAGCAAUGAUGCAGCCAGUCAAGAUGCUCUGAAUGGUACAGCUGUAUAACUUUUUGAGGAUUUGAAGGCCCUGACGAUGUGGAUGGGGGCUUACUCCCCCCCCCCCCCCCGUUUCCAGUAGUCCACGAUCAGCUCCUUGAUCUUAUUGACGUUGAGGGAGAGGUUGGUGUUCCGGCAGCACACUGCCAGGUCACUGUAGGCUGUCUCAUCAUCGCUGUCAUGACGUCAGGAAACUUGAUGAUGCUGUUGGAGUCGUGCGUGGCCUCGCGGUCAUGGGUGAAAAGGGAGUACAGGAGGGGACUAAGCACACACCCCUGUGGGGCCUCUGUGUUGAGGGUCAGCGUGGCGGAGGUGAUGUUGCCUACUCUCACCGGUCCAUCAGGAAGUCCAGGAUCCAGUUGCAGAGGGAGGUUUUAAAUCCCAGGGUCCUAAGCUCGGUGAGGAGCUAGGAUGGGCCAAUGGUGUUGAAUGCUGAGAGUGUGUGUGUGUGUGUGUGUGGGGGGGAAUUUAAGGAUUUUGGGCACUCAGGCUAGUAGACUGCAAUUUGUAUUAGCCCAAGUCCAAAAUCAAACAUAUACUGUGAGCCCCGUCUCUCUUAGUGCAUGGUUUUAGUUUGUCUGUUGUAAACACUGUCUGCUCCUGUUUGAUUUAGAGCUGCUGUGAGUUGCUGUGUUCCAUUCAACUUCAGCACUGAAACUAACUGCACUCUGAUCUGGCCUAGCAUAAGCACAGUAUGUGGGGGGCUGAGGAGUCAGUUGAAAAGUGCUAUACACGCAAAUGUACACAAUCACUAACUCGUGCACACACAUGCACAAACACACACACCAUCUCACAGCUGCUUUACCUGUCACUCUGACCACCACUCUCCUUCCUAACAUACCUCCUUCACUAUCUUAUCAUAAAGAAAGAGUCCUGGACUCCCACAGGUUAAAAUAGACACCUUUAUGGAUGUUUUCCUAGUUAUGUGUGCAUUUGGUUGCAAUAGGCACUUAACAUAAGUCAAUGGACUCCCCUUUUGAAAUUCAAAGCAAUUGUCUUUAUUUCAAGGUGGAUAAAUGCAAGACUCCAUCUUGUGCCAUCCAACAUUUCUCCAGCCACAUCCCUCAGCUUAAAACCAAACCAAGUGACCUUUGACUGAUAAACAAAGUCAGGAUUUUGGCUUUAAAGAUAGAACUAAGUUUCUCAAAACGUGUAGUAGGCGGAAGCCAUUUCUCAUUUCUUCCCUAUGACACAUCUGAUACGUUCGCUCAAUUCUGGUGUUAUGUAUAUUUUAUAUCCGCCAUUACAGUGUGUUCCCACAAUGUGCUAUCCCAAGUGAGAACUUUCAUGCUUCUCCCUUUUCCCUGCCUCUGAAGCGCAGCGCUGUAGCGCUUCAGAGGCAGGGAAACCGGAGAAGCAUGAAAGGCCAUUAUGGCUAAUUAUUUAUUGUAGCCAUAGGCGACGUGCGAGAGAGCGUGCCUCCUCAAAUCAAGCAUCACCAUUGUUAUUCUCGAAGUGGAGCUUCGGAGGGGAAAAAGUCCCAGUUAAAAACCCCACCAAUCAUUCUAAGAUAAAAGUAGCUGGAUUUGCGCUUAGUCAAGUUAUCGUUAUCAAGCCUAUUGUCUAGUGUGGAGUGGACACAGGGCUUGUUUUGUUGGUAUUGUUGUCGGUAUAUCAUCAAAGUACAGUGCCUUCAGAAAGUAUUCAUACCCCUUGACUUAUUCCGCAUUUUGUUGUGUUGCAGCCUGAAUUCAAAAUGGAUUAUUAUUUUUUUUUUUCAUCUAUACACAAAACCCCAUAAUGACAAAGUGAAAACAUGUUUUUAGAAAAAACAAAUCACAUUUAUUGAAAAUGAAAUACAUAAAUAUCUAAUUUACUUAAGUAUUCACAACCCUGAGUCAACACUUUGUAGAAGCACCUUUGGCAGCGAUUAUAGCUGUGAGUCUUUCUGGGUAAGUCUCUAAGAGCUUUCCACACCUGGUUUCUGCAACAUUUGCCCAUUAUUCUUUUCAAAAAUAUUCAAGCUCUGUCAAAUUAGUUGUUGAUCAUUGCUACAGUAGACAACUAUUUUCAGGUUGUGCCAUAGAUUUUCAAGUAGAUUUAAGUUAAAACUGCAACUCUGCCACUCAGGAACAUUCACUGUCUUCUUGGUAAACAACUCCAGUGUAGAUUUGGCCUUGUGUUUUAGGUUAUUACAUCUCCCAGUGUCUGGUGGAAAGCAGACUGAACCAGGUUUUCUUCUAGGAUUUUGCCUGUGCUUACCUCCAUUCACUUUCUUUUUAAUCCUGAAAAACUCCCCAGUCCUUAAUGAUUACAAGCAUACCCAUAACAUGAUGCAGCCACCACUAUGCUUGAAAAUAUGGAGUGUGGUACUCAGUAAUGUGUUGUAUUGGAUUUACCCCAAAUAUAACACUUUGUAUUCAGGACAAAAAGUUAAUUGCUUUGCCACAUUUCUUUGCAGUAUUACUUUAGUGCCUUGUUAUAAACAGGAUGCAUGUUUUGGAAUAUUUGUAUUCUGUACAGGCUUCCUUCUUUUCACUCGGUCAAUUAGGUUAGAAUUGUGGCGUAACUACAAUAUUGUUGAUCCCAUCCUCAGUUUUCUCCUAUCAAACUCCAUAACUGUUUUAAAGUCACUGUUGCCCUCAUAGUGAAAUCCCUGAGCGAUUUCCUUCAUCUCCGGCAACUAAUUUAGGAAGGACGCCUGUAUCUUUGGAGUGACUGGGUGUUUUGAUACACCAUCCAAAGUGUAAUUAAUAACUUCACCAUGCUCAAAGGGAUAUUCAAUGUCUGCUUUUUUUUUUACCCAUCUACCCAGGUGCCCUUCUUUGCGAGGCAUUGAAAAACCUUCCUGGUCUUUGUGGUUGAAUCUGUGUUUGAAAUUUACUGCUCGAUUGAGGGCCCUUACAGAUCAUUUUAUGUGUGGGGUGCAGCUAUGCAACUUAUGUGACUUGUUAAGCACAUUUUUACUACUGAACUUAUUUAGGCUUGCCAUUAUAAAUGGGUUGAAUACUUAUUGACUCAAGACAUUUCAGCGUUAAAUUUUUUAUGAAUUUGUUCAUUUCAGAAAUGUCACUUUGACAUUUUGGGGUAUUGGGUGUACAGUCGUGGUCAAAAGUUUUGAGAAUGACACAAAUACUAAUUUUCACAAAGUCUGCUGCCUCAGUUUUGAUGAUGGCAAUUUGCAUAUACUCCAGAAUGUCAUGAAGAGUGAUCAGAUGAAUUGCAAAUAUUGCAAAGUCCCUCUUUGCCAUGAAAAUGAACGUAAUCCCCCAAAAACAUUUCCACUGCAUUUCAGCCCUGCCACAAAAGGACCAGCUGACAUCAUGUCAGUGAUUCUCUCGUUAACACAGGUGAGAGUGUUGACGAGGACAAGGCUGGAGAUCACUCUGUCAUGCUGAUUGAGUUAGAAUAACAGACUGGAAGCUUUAAAAGGAGGGUGGUGCUUGAAAUCAUUGUUCUUCCUCUGUUAACCAUGGUUACCUGCAAGGAAACACGUGCCGUCAUCAUUGCUUUGCACAAAAAGGGCUUCACAGGCAAGGAUAUUGCUGCUAGUAAGAUUGCACCUAAAUUAACAAUUUAUCGGAUCAUCAAGAACUUCAAGGAGAGAGGUUCAAUUGUUGUGAAGAAGGCGUCAGGGCGCCUAAGAAAGUCCAGCAAACGCCAGGACCGUCUCCUAAAGUUGAUUCAGCUGCGGGAUCGGGGCACCACCAGUGCAGAGCUUGCUCAGGAAUGGCAGCAGGCAGGUGUGAGUGCAUCUGCACGCACAGUGAGGCGAAGACUAUUGGAGGAUGGCCUGGUGUCCAGAAGGGCAGCAAAGAAGCCACUUCUCUCCAGGAAAAACAUAAGGGACAGACUGAUAUUCUGCAAAUGGUACAGGGAUUGGACUGCUGAGGACUGGGGUAAAGUAAUUUUCUCUGAUGAAUCCCCUUUCCGAUUGUUUGGGGCAUCCGGAAAAAAAGCUUGUCCGGAGAAGACAAGGUGAGCGCUACCAUCAGUCCUGUGUCAUGCCAACAGUAAAGCAUCCUGAGACCAUUCAUGUGUGGGGUUGCAUCUCAGCCAAGGGAGUGGGCUCACUCACAAUUUUGCCUAAGAACACAGCCAUGAAUAAAGAAUGGUACCAACACAUCCUCCGAGAGCAACUUCUCCCAACCAUCCAAGAACAGUUUGGUGACGACCAAUGCCUUUUCCAGCAUGAUGGAGCACCUUGCCAUAAGGCAAAAGUGAUAACUAAGUGGCUCGGGGAACAAAACAUUGACAUUUUGGGUCCAUGGCCAGGAAACUCCUUAAUCCCAUUGAGAACUUGUGGUCGAUCCUCAAGAGGAGGGUGGACAAACAACAACCCACAACUUCUGACAAACUCCAAGCAUUGAUUAUGCAAGAAUGGGCUGCCAUCAGUCAGGAUGUGGCCCAGAAGUUAAUUGACAGCAUGCCAGGGCGGAUUGCAGAGGUCUUGAAAAAUACUCAUAUUUAAUGUAAUUGUCAAUAAAAGCCUUUGACACUUAUGGAAUGCUUGUAAUUAUACUUCAGUAUACCAUAGUAACAUCUGACAAAAAUAUCUCAUAACACUGAAGCAGCAAACUUUGUGAAGACCAAUACUUGUGUCAUUCUCAAAACUUUUGACCACGACUGUACACUUAGAAAAAUGUGAAGCCCUUUUUGUGCAAAGCAAUGAUGACAGCACAUGUUUCCUUGCAGGUAACCAUGGUUAACAGAGGAAGAACAAUGAUUUCAAGCACCACCCUCCUUUUAAAGCUUCCAGCCUUGACCUUGUCAACACUCUCACCUGUGUUAACGAGAGAAUCACUGACAUGAUGGCAGCUGGUCCUUUUGUGGCAGGGCUGAAAUUCAGUGGAAAUUUUCAUUUCAUGGCAAAGAGGGACUUUGCAAUUAAUUGCAAUUCAUCUGAUCACUCUUCAUGACAUUCUGGAGUAUAUGCAAAUUGCAAUAAUCAAAACUGAGGCAGCAGACUUUGUGAAAAUCAGUAUUUGUGUCAUUCUCAAAACUUUGGACCACGACUGUAGAUAGCACUUUUUUUUAAGAGUGUAGGCCAGUGACAAACAAUCUCUAUUUAAUCAUUUUUGAAUUCAGUCUGUAUAACACAUCAAAAUAUGGAAAAAGUCCAGGGGUGUGAAUACUUUCUGAAGGCACUGUACGUUGGCUUUGCUUGUGUUUUGAUUGUGCAUUGUCUUUGUGUGUGUGUGUCUCUGUCUGUGUGUGCACAAGCCUAGGGUGAGGUUACAUAAGAUGUGGGUAUUACCCUGGGUUUCUUCACCAUUUCAGGGCUUGCAUCAGCCAUGAGAAUGGGAUUGAAUCAAUAGGAGCGCAUGCCCCGGAGAUAGCUACUGAGACAGAAUAGGGUGAAACAUAGAUUAUGCCUUUUGCUGGUGUUCAUUUUGUUCGCUAGCUAACUCUUCUUCUGCCCCACAGCCCAAAGCCCAAAUUACAGGCAGCAGGGGAUGUGUUUCAGGUUUGACCUUGUUGACCUUCAGGGUUGGCAUGUGGAGUCUCGUUUAACCCCUGGACACGACCCUCCACGACCUCUGCCCUGGGUCUAUUUUGCGAGUGAUUUAUCCGGUUGUUGCCGUGUCGACAACGCAUGUCCCGCUGUGUGAAGAGCGAGGGUGGCAGGAAGAAGGGGUAGCUUUGUCUGUGGGGCAUCGAUAGAGGAGGACGAAAGCUUGUGAUACACUCUUUGAAAAAAAGGUUCCAAAAUGUUUCUUCGGCUGUCCCCAUAGGAGAACGCUUUUUGGUUCCAGGUAAAACUCUUUUGGCUUCCAUGUAGAACCCUCUGUGGAAAGGGUUUUACAUGGAACACAAAAGGGUUCUACCUGGAAGCAAAAGGGUUCUACCUGGAAUCAAAAAGGGUUCUUCAAAGGGUUCUCCAUGGGGACAGCCGAAGAACCAUUUUAGGUUCUAGAUUGCACCUUUUCUUCUAAGAGUGUACACACUUCAGCAAUAGAGCAACCAUCCUGAAAUAAACACACCACACAGAGCAGGUAACCUCUCUCCUUUCUAUCUACCCCCUGGUCUUCAUUACCUUUCUAAACCCCCCCCAAUUGAGAGUGAAAGUGAAAGUGAAAUAAGAGAGGGGGAUCAGGCAGGGAGAUGAGAAAUCAAUUAGGCACCACAAGGGCAAAGGUGACAUCAUUACACAUUCAGUCCCUCCGUGCAAAAUGAGCCAAUAGCUCAUGGUGUGAUCAAUAGCAAUCAAGAGGUUGCUGUGUGUGUGUGUGUGUGUGUGUGUGUGUACGUGGGAUAUGAAAGUGAAUCUCAGUUCUAUUACUGCACCGAAUAGUACUCGUUUUUUAAAGCUCUUUAUCAAUGUUAAAUGUGGUAGUGAAUCUGCCUACAUGGAGUUUCUCAAUGAAGACAAGUGUGUACUAAAAAUGGUCAAGUGUGUACUAGAAAAUGAUGUGUGUACUAGAAAUCCACACACACAAAGCACUUUCUGACAUUUCAAAACACAGCCAUUUGAGCUGGUUUGAGCCGAUUUGGGUGUCAAAGUGGUGAUUUUAAACAGAGGUGUUUGUGUGUGUGUGUGUGUGUGUGUGUGUGUGCCCGUAGUGUUUGUGUUAUGUAGAAAGAGAUGAACUGUUAUAAUCACACAGUGUUUUGGUGGGCCCCUAAGAAUUUCACACGUGCACAGUGUCAGUGGUGACAGCUUGAUGGACAUACACAGUGCAUGCAGACCUGACACACUCACAUUAAGAAAGGGUCACUCAUACACACAGCCACUCACACACGUGCAUACACACACAUCCUAACAUAGAGAAAUGAGUUAACACACAGUUCAGCAGAAAUAAAAACAUACAUAUCUUUUUAGAUAUUCUAACAUACUCUUCCCUCGCUCUACAGUGCCCCCUGAGAUCGUGGUCCGACCCCGGGACCAGAUCACAGCCCAAGGUCGCACCGUAACCUUCCUCUGUGGCACCAAGGGCAACCCCCCACCCGCUGUGUUCUGGCAGAAAGAAGGCAGCCAGGUAAGACACACGCCAUGGAAUACUGUAUCAGGUCAGGUCAACAGUUGUUCUGUAUACACCAAUAUGACCACUCCACUGUGGAAACUGAUGUUCAGUCAGCAUGGUUUUGGCACAAAAUGGCUGCCAUGGAUACAGAUAAGUAACAAGUUGAUGGUGGAUAAAGUGAGUUACCACACAUAACAUAAACAUCUCUAUGAAAACUGGUACAAUAUAAACAAUUCAUUGGUAUCAUUAAAACAUGGUUUAAAAACAGCCAAUGCGAUCACCAACCUCCAAGCAUAGCCUAAGGAGAGCCUUAUCUAGUCUAUCUGUCAUGAUCUUGACUCUGCUAGCGUAGAAUGUUGCUAUCAGGCUCUGCUUUCUCUCAGUUGAGUGCAGUGCCUGGGCAAGUCACACAGAGAAACACACACACUGAAUUAAUUGUUGGAUAGUAUUUUAACCCAGUAGCUAUACUCUUCCUGGGGUCCACAAAAGAUGGCGUAUAUGGUGUCAGCUCUGAUAAAAACACACACAUGGGCACACACAGAACAAUGCACACACACACACACACACACACAGGUGAACUCUAGUGUCUGUGGUGUAAUGUACAAUCCCCUUGAUAUAUUACAUUUUAGAUCUCACCAGGAGUAUAUAGGCUCCUUAGGCAUCAGAGAGAGUUUGUGUGUGUGUGUGUGUGUCACUGUGAGAAUCCAGAGGGCUCUGUGAAGCAUCAACAUGCUGGAAGGCCUGGUGGGAGUGUGUGCAUGGGAGGCUGUAGCACCGCUCUCAGGGACAGAUGAGGGAGAGAGAUAGAUAGAAAGAGAUGGAGGGGAGAGAUUGAGAGAGAGGGAUGAAGAGAGUGAAGGUGGAUAGAGGGAGUGAGGGGUUGGUUGGUAUACAUAGAGAGUGGGAGAUGUAGAAACAGAGUUGCGAAUGAGAAAGAGGGUAGGGGAAUGGGAAAAGUAGAUGAAAGCAGAAGGAGAGUGCAAAGGAUUGCAUGUGGGAGUUUAGGAGGUGCAGAGACAGACAGAGAGAGAGAGAGACCCCCUUUAUAGCCCUGCCAGGGCUGUGUUAGAUAACACUAAACUGCCUGGCUCUAAAUAGCACAAGACCCAUGGAGAGUAGAACAGAAGGCUUUUCUUUGGUCUAACUGUCUCUGGGCAGCAAAUGUAUUCCCUCUAUCCCUUCCUAUAUCCCUCUGUGCCCCUCUCCUCCCUCUUUCUAUCUCUCCCUCUGCACCCCUGUGGCCCUCUCUUUUUCCCCUCAUUCAUUCUAUGCUCUUUCCCUCCCUCUAUUCCUCAGUGACCCUCUUCUCCCUCUAUCCCUCCCUCUAAGCACCACUGUGGCCCCUAGCCACGGGCUCUCCACCAACCAGCUCUAAGCCUCUUCAAGGACAGAGUCAAAGAGCACAGCACUCCUGAACCCCCCAAAAAUACACACAUUGGAAGCGGCGAAAACCACACACACAUAUAUACACUGCAUGCAUGUAGCAAACACACACACACACAUACAGUGCCUUCAGAAAGUAUUCACACCCGUUGACUUUUUCCAAAUGUUGUUGUCUUACAAUCAGAAUUUAAAAAUAGAUUAAAUUGAGAUUUUGUGUCACUGGCCUUCACACGAUACCCCAUAAUGUCAAAGUGGAAUUAUGUUUUUAUAAAUUUUACAAAUUCAUUAGCAAUUAAAAGCUGAAAUGUCUUGAGUCAACAAGUACUCAACCCCUUUGUAAUGGCAAGACUAAAUGAGUUCAGUAUAAAAAAAUGCUUAACAAGUCACAAUACAUUGCAUGUUUAACAUGAUUUUUGAAUGAUUAUGUCAUCUUUGUACCCCACACAUACAAUUAUCUGUAAGGUCCCUCAUUCGAGCAGUGAAUUUCAAACAAAGAUUCAACCACAAAGACCAGGAAGGUUUUCCAAUCCCUCGCAAAGAAGGGUACCUAUUGGUAGAUCGGUAAAAAUAAAAAAAAGCAGACAUUUAAUAUCCAUGGUGAAGUUAUUAAUUACAUUUUGAAUGGUGUAUCAAUACACCCAGUCACUACAAAGAUACAGGCCUUCCUAACUCAGUUACUGGAAGGAAGGAAACCGCUCAGGGAUUUCACCAUGAGGCCAAUGGUGACUUUAAAACAGUUACAGAGUUUAAUGGCUGAUAGGAGAAAACUGAGGAUGGAUCAACAACAUUGAAGUUACUCCACAAUACUAACCUAAAUGACAGAGUGAAAAGAAGGAAGCCUGUACAUAAUAAAAAUAUCUAAUUCUUACAAUGACCUGAGCAAAUUACGGUAAAAAAUGAUAAUAUGCUUUACCUGUGCUGACCAGUUUCAGCCUACCAGUUGUGUGACAUGGUGUUGUGAUGUUUUAUCCCUGUGCUGACUGGUUUCAGCCUACCUGUUAUGUGGUGUUGUGUCAUUUCCUGCCUCUCCAGAUCCUGCUGUUCCCAAUCCAGGAAGCUGCCCAGUCCGGCCGGUUCUCUGUGUCUCUGAGCGGGGAGCUGACCAUCACAGACGUCCACAGUGAGGACUCGGGAUACUACAUCUGUCAGGCCAUCUCUGUGGCUGGGAGUAUCCUCACCAAGGCCCUGCUGGAGGUCGAGAGUGGUGAGUGUCUGUGGGAGGAACACAAACACACACACAGUAACACACACACCAGUAACACACACACACAGUAACACACACACACCACACACAGUAACACACACACACAGUAACACACACACACACACAGUAACACACACACACAGUAACACACACACACACAGUAACACACACACACACAGUAACACACACACACACACACACACACACACACAGUAACACACACACACACACAGUAACACACACAGUAACACACACACAGUAACACACACACACACACACACACACACAGUAACACACACAGUAACACACACACUCGCAGAUCUGUCGUAAAUAUAUUGAAAAAGUGUUCAGGGACAGAUGAAUGUACACAAGAAUGAUAGCACAUAAACAUGCAUGUUGUAUAUCAAGGUGCUCAUACACACAAGUAAAGGACAGACACACACACACAGUCACAUACACUGAGCGUACAAAGCAUUAAGAACACCUGCUCUUUCCAUGACAGACUUACCAGGUAAAUCCAGGUGAAAGCUAUGAUCCCUUAUUGAUGUCACCUGUGAUAUUCACUUAAAUCAGUGUAGAUGAAGGGGAGGAGACAGGUUAAAGAAGGAUUAUUUAAGCCUUGAGACAUGGAUUGUGUUUGUGUGCCAUUCAGAGGGUGAAUGGGCAAGACAAAGAUUUAAGUGCCUUUGAAUGGGGUAUGGUAGUAGGUGCCAGGCGCAACCUGUUUGAGUGUGUCAAGAACUGCAACGCUGCUGGGUUUUUCACGCUCAACAGUUCCCCGUGUGUUACAAGAAUGGUCCACCACCCAAAGGACAUCCAGCCAACUUGACACAACCGUGGGAAGCAUUGGAGUCAACAUGGGCCAGCAUCCCCGUGGAAAGUUUGUAGUCCAUGCCCCAACGAAUUGAGGCUGUUCUGAGGGCAAAAGGAGCGCAAAGGGUGUUCCUAAUGUUUGGUAUAGUCAGUGUAUCUACAGAUAGCCCAUAGAUUCUAGGCAAAUGUUUGUUGACAUACCUGGAAAGAUUUGCUUUGGAACACAGAAUGUGAAGAAGCAAAGGCAUUGUGCUUCGAUGCAUGUGAGGCUAUACAGUGAGGCUAUAAUUGAAGCCAGCUAGUCCAUUAAAGAUUGGAUUCCCACAGUGCCAUAAACACUAGUCAUGCCUAAGCAUCCAAAAUAGUUGUUUGCACCGCCACAGUCUCAGUGUGUGAGUUUCAUUUUGUGUGCCUGUGUGUGUGAAUGUGGGUGCAUGUGAGCGCACACUAACCUUUAAGGACAAAAACCUAGCAUGAGUUUCCCUAGAGUAAGUUGAUUACCCCCUAGGGCUCACUAUCACACACAGCUGGCUUCAAUUAACCUACCUCCCAAACCCAACCCAGCAUCUUCCUCAUACAAACCCCACAUUCAUAUCCCAUUACUUUCUAACACUUUGAGUGUGUCCCAAAUGCCUCCCUGCCAGUCCCUCCACCCUCCAUCACUCCCUUCACAACUGCUUAAACCCAAAUAAAUUAAAAACUCUUCAAAGCCACCCCAAAUUAAAAAUCGGCGCCCCCCCCCCUCCAGUCCCCCAAAUGAGUGAACAGCAGGAGGUAAAGCGAGACGUAAUCAAACAGGACACGUCGCAAUGGCGCUAUGCAAAUUAACCACGCCGGGAACAUAUGCUCCCCUCAUCACGCUGCGACCAGUAAGGAAGGGGAUAAACUGUUGUUUAGAUGCAUCUGUGCUCCGCGUCUGCCUCAUAGCACUGUAGCUUAGCUAGCCUUUCCCUGCCUAGCAUACAGACAACAAUGUACUUUAUGCUAACAGAUAACAGGUAAAUACUAGUUUUUAAUUUUCCCUUUGUCAUAGUCAUAGUUCAAGCAUGGUGUUUGAGUUCAUAAACCAACAAUAUCACUAACUAUGGCGUUUCAGAAAAAAUACAUUUCUGGGUCCCCUAGGAUAUUGUCUAUUGAUUAUAUAAAUUAGUAACACUGUAACUGAUUGUUGCCUAUGACAUGUUUUUAUGUAAAUGUUGAGGUCAAUUAUGUGUUAAUGAUUUGCUUUGGCAACAUUGGCUAAUUAAAUAAAUUUUAUAAGACUACAUUUAAUUUAAUUGAGCAGAGUUCAUGUCAAUACACUAGACACACUGAAAGUAAUGUACACUGAUACUUAAGUGACCAGUAAAGUUGAAACGGAAUGUUACUCUGUAAGAUGUCAGCACACACACAGUGGUGUUUACAUGAUGGUGUGCACACAGACGUACAGAGGUGGCAUAGACAGAUCCAUAUAUGUCCAUUGGCUGGCCUCUGUUUGCAGGGCAUGGUGGUCUAAUGAGUAAAUAGCCAGGGCCUGUGUUUCACUACAGGGUAAACAGUCUAUGGAGGGAUGGGAUUUAGUGGCAUGGGGUUAAGCAAGGAGUACACUACUGAUGUACUGUGUACUACUUACAUAUGUAGGAUCUUAAACAGGAAAUGUGCAUUUUUGUGUUGAUUAUAAUUCAUUGAAAUAUUUGUAGGGGUUGAUCCAUUUUUUGUUUGGACAAAUCAAGUCUGCCAUGUUUAAGUGGAAAUUACAAACUUUAGAAGCCUUUUAAAUAUUUGAAUACAAUACAAUUUUGCAUUUCCUGCCGUGCAGGACAUUUCCUGCAACGACAGGGUGAUAAAAUGAAGAUCCUACAUCUGUACAUUCUAUAUUGGGAAUGGUAAAUGCCAAAGUCAUUGACUCGUCUAAGACUUAUUCAUGGUCCUCCGCCUCCGCGAUUCAAGAAGAGUUUUCCAGGUUUAGUCAAACAAAUAUUAAAUUAUUCAGCGCUGCUUUGGCGUGUUAAGCCAUAACAUUGCUGAAUAGUGGGAGAAAGCAAUAUUAGUGAAGAUGUUAUGGUAAAUAAAGGCCUGCACUGGCAAACCACUACAGUCCAAUAGAGACACUGCCAUAGAUAUACCUUUUUUGACUGAAAGUUGACUUUACAGGGACAGUUCUGCAAAAUUAAAUAUUUAGAGAUUUCUUUCCUUACCUUGAAAGCAGUCUAUGGACAAGGAGUGACUGCAAUCCACACCGUUUUGUUAAACUAGACACUGAAAUGCUAUUAUUUUCAUUGAACUAUCCCUUUAACGUUUAACCAAUAAAUGGCAACUUCAUUGAACCACUGUUUUAUUUCGCAUAUAAAUCGUCUCUAGAGCGAAGAAGAAAAACUAGAUUGCUACACGCUUGAGCAAAAGAGAUCUAUGUCAUUGAUUGGAUGUGAAAUGAGGCAGGAGCAGGGGAUUUGUGGACUUGCUGAGAGUUGCGUUAUUUUACGACUGCAUGUUUUUACACCGCCAUGCCUGCCCUUAGUGAUUUACACUGGUUAAUAUGAAGACUUAUGGCCCAACAGAAUUAGAGGUGGACUCCAUGCUGCAAAUGGUUAGGAUGGUAUUUUUAUGGAAUACACUCAACUACCCACUGGGCACAGAUGUCAAUUCAACUUCUAUUCCACGUUGGUUCAACAUCAUUUCAACGAAAUGAUGUGGAAACAAUGUUGAUUCAACCAGUGUGUGCCCAGUGGUACACACUCUCUUAAUGCACACUCUCUUUCCCUCUGUCUCUCCCUCCUUCCCUCCCCCACACAGCACCCUCCGACCGAAUCCCGCCUAUCAUCCGCCAAGGGCCGGCCAAUCAAACGCUGGCGCCAGGCUCCACCACCCAAUUUCAGUGCCAAGUGAUGGGCAACCCUCUGCCCAGCAUCCAAUGGGAGAAGGACGGCCAAAGAAUACUGGGCGACGAGCGUGUCAGCCUGAUGGAGAAGGGAACGUUCCAGAUCACAAACCUGCAGGUACCUGAAAAGAACGUACAAAGAACGUUUCCAAUGAUUCUUAAGAACGUAAAAAUAAUGUUCUCAAUGAUUCUCAUAAAUGUAGAAAGAACGCUCCAAAAAAGUAUCUUUCCCUCCUCUGUAAAUGCCUUCACCCCCUUCAUAAUAGCAUAUGAAAUUAAACACUUCACAUUGCAUCUCAACGCACUUCAAGUCUCAUCAUAUCAAUCGUCUGAGGUAACUCUCCUAAGUGACACUAAGCAACCACAUGCAAUAACACCGGAGUGUUAUUUCCAAAGCAAUGCAAUCAACUAAAUCAAAUACAAUUUUACUUGUCACAUGCUUCGUAAACAAGUGUAGACUAACAGUGAAAUGUUUACUUAUGGGCCCUUCCCAACAAUGCAGAGAGACAAAAAUAUAAAUAAUAGAAAAAUAAUAACACAAGGAAUAAAUACACAAGGAGUAACUACUCAUCCUUAAUGGGAUUUAGCUUAGUUUAAUUCACUGUAUUAUUAUGACUCACUGCCAUUUAGAUCAAUAGAAAGGCAUAGCCGUUUUCAGAUGCCACGGCAAAGUAACCUGUCCUCUUGUUAUAUUGAUAUUUACUAAGUGAGCGGCAUACAGGUCAUACAAGCUGUCCACUCUGACACACAUCUCGGCAAUGUAAUUCAAUUGAAUUGAGAGCAAGAUAUUAAUAUUGGAAUAUUUGACCGCAGGAGUGGCUUUUUUAUGGUUUAUGGGUGACACAGUGAUUUAAUAAUUGGCUGUCGAGUUUCUGUGGCGCCAAAAAUCUCAGCGGUGAUGCAUAAUCGGCAAGGUAAUGAGCGGGUGCCAUCAUUAGCAGUAGUUAGUGGUGGCGUACGCACGGCUAAUGAAAUCCAUUCUACCCAGAGUCCUCUGGGGUUGCGGGCUGCACCUGCGGGUCACCGUAGUGUGUGGCGAGCUUCGGGCCGGCUGACGUGUUAAUUAAUAGAUUGUCGAGCCCACAGUGAUUAACGAUUGCUGUGACUUUAAUUAAAUCAUUGUUGGGGUAUUGGGGGGGGGAUUGAUGGUAAGGAGAGAGAGAGGGAGGGAGAGAGAUUAAGUUAAGAAUCUCAAUGAACCAACAUAAACAAUUUUCAGCUAAAACUUCAACCACAUGCACUCAAAAUAUAGCAAACACUCUUUAGUACUUCCUCUGCCCACUGUAUUUGUGAAUUUCUCAUAUCUCGACUAGAUGGACUGGACUGUAUUUUGAAUCUUGGACACUCUUCAUCCUUGUUUUUAUCGCUCUCUCCCACUUUUAUCAGGUUGCUCCUCUUUUAAUUUAGGCAGAGAGGGGCACAGAAAGAGGGGAGGGUGGGGUGGGGGCGAGAGGGCCGGGCACCCGGCAGAUGGUCCGUUUGUUCCUCUCUGGGACUGAAGCAAUGCCCAUUACACCGGGACCAGAGCCAGAAACACACUACAACUACAGCACUGUGCCAAGCCUCCCUCUAACAGGACAGAGAGAGAAGGGAGACGGAGGGAGGGAGGCAGGGAGAAGGGGGGGGGGGGGGGGGGGUUAGAAAGAGAGAGAGAGAGAGAGAGAGAGAGAGAGAAUAUUGAGAUGAAGAGAAAUAAAACAAGUCAAGGAAGAUGCUACAACACAGAGAUAGUGCACUUGAGAUUAUAUCAGUACAGCGAGGAAGGGGAGAAAAUAAGGAACUCAUUCCACAACCAGGAACGAGCUCAAACAUUUGGCACACGGUUGACUCUCCCCACCUUAAUCCUUCAACCAUUUUUAACUAUCUGUUUAGCGCAGCGCCUAAAGCUGCCAACCAUGAUUCACAGUCAGGUGCCCAUCCGUUUACCCCUUCCCACUCCUCUCCUCCAAUCACCAGUCACCACCCGGGAAUUGCUGCCCCAGACAUCCACGUCAUUGGCUGCCUUGGCUGCCAUACAGGUCCUUUCAAGGUCAGCUGGCCUAUAGGAAGAGAGAAGGAAGAGUGAUGUACUAUUGGUCUUGGAGUCACCUCUCCUGUCCGUCUUGGGGCUUUUAGACAGGGAACUUAGACUUGAGGUAUACCAAUGCCACUGCAACUGGCCACCACACACACACACAUACACGUGUGCACGUACGUACGUACGCACAUACACACACACAGGGGUAGAGAGAAGAAGUGGAUGGCAACCAAGCACAAACAACAGUGCUAUUAUCUUGAUUGUAUUGUGUUGGCUCUCUGUGUGUUUUUGUAGUGUGCUUUGUAUAAUUCAUUAGAUUUGGUUUUGAAUAAGAUUGGUAUUACAUUAACCAUGAGGGCUGAAUGCCUAGUCGUUAGUUUGAAAUCUGUGUGUGUGUGUGUGUGUGUGUGGCCCACUAACCUGCAGGCGGUUGGGCGUGAGCUGUCAACACCAUUAGAUCAUUGUCUGCGAGUUAAAGUCCCUACAGGUGUAGGAUCUUAAUUUGACCAGUUUCUCACAGCAGGAAGAUAAUCCUGCAGCAACAGGAAAUGUGAAUUAUUGAUAGAAAAUUUUUUACGGGCAAAUCAAGUCUGAAUUUAGAAGCAUUUUAAACCUUGAAUACAUUACAAGUGUAUUUCCUGCAACAACAGGGUGAUCAAAUUAAGAUCCUACAUUUGUACAUCUUCCACUGUUGUAAGCAAUUUCUAGCCCUUGUCUCGCUCUCAGCCUCCCAAUGAAAGUUUAAUAGUCAAUGUUCUCCCUGACCCACACUUAUCGUCUUAAACACACACACACACACACACACACACACGUGCACUACCUACACAGUCACACACAAUUACAAGUUACUGUUGAGUGCUCAGUAUAAAGCAAAGUUAGAGCCACAGAAAUUUGCAGACCCGCUCUGGUUACUAAAGGUCUCUCCUUUAUCCUCCUUUAAACUCCCACACUGGUACAAAAGGAUCAGGGCCCAUAUCAAGUGUUUCAGAUAGGAGUGCUGAUCUAUGAUCAGUUUGACCUUUUAGAUCAUGACUACGAUUACAUGGACAGUGGGGACUCCUACCCUGAGCACUACUAGCCUGAGACACUGGCCCAGAAGUACUAUCGUAACCCCCCCAUGCACAAGUACAGUGAAAUGCCUUGCUUGCAAACUCAAAACCCAACAAUGCAAUAAUCAAUAACAAUGUAUUACUAGAAAAAAACACACAACAAAUAAUAAUAAGAAAUAUGAAAUACACAAUAAAGUAAGUAAGUAAGCAUACUAUAUACAGGAAAUAUUUAAAAAGUCAGAUCCAAUACCAUAUUUACAUGUGCAUGGACAUUGGAGUGAUGAAGGUAGAUAUGUAUAGGGGUAAGAGGACUAGGCAACAGGAUAUAUGAUAAACAGAGUAGUGGUUGGAGUCUUUGACGAUUUUUUGGCACCUUGUUUUCACACCGCCUGAUAUAGAGGUCCUGGAUGGCAGGGAGCUUGGUCCUAGUGAUGUACUGGGCUGUCCGCACAAUCCUCUGCAGGGCCAAUGCGAUCGAUGGCGGUGCUACUGCCAUACCAAGCAGUGAUACAGCGAGUCAAUAUGCUCUCAAUGGUACAGCUGUAGACGUUGAAGGAGAGGUUGUUGCUCCGGCACCACACUGCCAGGUCACUGACCUCCUCCCUGUAGGCUGACUCAUCGUUUCCAGUGUUCAGGCCUACCACCGUCGUGUCGUCAACGAACUUGAUAAUGGUGUUGGAGUCGUCCGUGGCCCCACAGUCGCGGGUGAACAAGGAGUACACGAGGGGACUAAGCACACACCGUUGUGGGGCCCCUGUGUUAAGGGUCAGCGUGGCGGAGAGGAUGUUGCCUACCCUCACCACCUGGGGUCGGCCCGUCAGGAAGUCAAGGAUCCAGUUGCAGAGAGUGGUGUUCAGACCCAGAGUCCUAAGCUUGGUGAGGAGCUUGGAGAGGACAAUGGUGUAAGCUGUAGUCAAUGAACAGCAUUCUCACAUAGGUAUUCCUCUUAUCUAGGUGGGUGAGGGCAGUGUGGAGAGCAAUUGCGAUUGUGUCAUCUAUGGAUCUGUUAGGGUAUGCAAAUUGAAGUGGGUCUAGGAUGGCUGGGAUGGAGGAGUUAAUGUGUGGCAUAACCAGCCUCUCAAAGCACUUCAUGAUUACAGAAGUGAGUGCUACAGGGCGGUAGUCAUUGUGGCAUGAAGCCUUAGAGUUCUUAGGAACAGGAAUGAUGUGGUCAUCUUAAAACAUUUGGGAUUACAGACCGGGACAAGGAGAGGUUAAAAAUUACUGUGAACAUGCCUGCCAGCUGUUCUGUGCAUGCUCUGAGAACAUAUACUCUAAAGCCAUAUAUACACUGAGUAUACAAAACAUUAAGAACAUCUGCUCUUUCCAUGACAUAGACUGACAAGGUGAAUCUAGGUGAACGCUAUGAUCCCUUAUUGAUAUCACUUGCUAAAUCCACUUCAAUCAGUAUGGUAUUUGGUGCCAGGCGCACCGGUUUGUGUCAAGAACGGCAACGCUGCUGGGUUUUUCACACUCAACAGUUUCUGUGUGUAACAAGAAUGGUCCAACAACCAAAGGACAUCCAGCCAACUUGACAGAACUGUGGGAAGCAUUGGAGCCAACAUGGCAGAUGUUCUAGGCAGAUGUUCAUGUUGACUUAACUGGAAAGAUUUGCUUUGGGACACCGAAUGUGAAGAGGCAAAGGCAUUGUGCUUUGGUGCAUGUACACGAUGUUAACUAUGCCCUCUCUCUUGUUGCCAGGAAACCGACUCAGGGGCCUACACCUGCGUGGCUUCCAGCUCGAGCGGAGAGACGACGUGGAGCGGAGUACUCACAGUGAAAGGUAAAUGUACAUGCAUGCACACACGCGUACACACACGCACGCACGCACAUGUUGAAAGGUAAAUGUACUGUAGUAAAAACCUCCCUACAGACUAUUAGAUUGCCUCUCUGACAUUACAUGCCCAUAUAAGAUCAUUAUCAGCCGUAGGAAUGGCAGUGAAUCAAGAAAUAAGGCAGAGGUCUUGUGAAAUUGUGGAUGUAAUCGCACCUAGGGGCAUUGUUUGGCCCAAGGCGAAGCAGAGGGAUGAUGAGUUGGAAGAAGUAAUGCCUUAUUGCUGUUAUGAAAUGCUACUGUUUGAUGAAGCUUGGUACGAUGGUAUUUAGUGCCUACAAAUGCAUCUUAAAACCAACCAAGCAGAAGCUCUGAUAAUUCACAACUAAACUCUUAUUUUUAGUCAAUUACUGUGAUCAGUGCUGGGAUCGGUUCCAUUUAAUUCCUUAUUGAAGACAAAUGUCGCUUUUCAAUUCGUGAUUGACCGAAUUGAAAUUGAAUUGAUCGUAUUACAUUAAUUAUUUAUUGUUUAUUGGUAACUCACAAAAGGACUAGUGCUAGUCUUCUCCUAUACAUAGGAGAUCCACUACCAUCCAGCUACCCUUUCAUCCUCUGUCUAUGUCUCUUUUUAAAUGCACUUUAUAUAAAGUUUGAUUUGAUUGUGAUUUUCAGAGAGUGGAGGUUCAUCUGUCCCCCAGGCAUCAGAACCUUUCCAGCUGCCAGGACCGCCCCAGAAGCCUGUGGUUACCGACGUGACCCGCAACAGUGUCACCCUCACCUGGCAGCCCAACGCCCAUGAGGGAGGCGCUGCCGUCACCUCCUACAUCAUUGAGGCCUUCAGGUGAGUGGAGUCGACAGUAGGAGUUAGACCUAGGCCACGUUCAGUGGGGCUCAACCUUGUGGUGCAUUCGGUAGAACAGACAGAAAGACAGAAAUGUCAGCUCUAUUCAUGCUAUAUUUUUGGGGGGUUGAAGUUAACACGUAACAUCUGAAGAUACACUUGCACAUACACACACUUGAACUCACACACACAUGCUCACACAAGUGGAUGCUGGUGACUUGAACAAUUGAGAAGAAUGGGAGACCCACGAUAUAGGCGCGGACCACACAGAGAAGACAAAGCGUGUUUCAAAAGUCAUCAAAGACAUUAUUUUAACCUAAAAAUAUUAUGGGGAAUGGGAAUGAGAGGUCUAGAGUUGGGAAGGGAUCACAGCAGAGAUUGAAUGAGGGUAUGAGGCAUGAGUUGAGGUGUUCAUAGGCUUCAGUGCAGGACAGGCUCAUCAUGGAUGGAUGGUGUUGGAGAAAAGCUCAACUCUUCCACUGAGGGCAGGACAGGAUUUGACUGGGAAGACAAAAAACAAUAACACAAAACAGUUAGAUAAAAGAGCUAAGAAUGAGUUAGUCCAAGCAAGGAGUAAAAUCAUAUUGAUGUGUAGUAAUGUGAUUGUGUUUGUGUGUGUGAUUGACUCUACAUACAGUAAUGAGAGAAAAUUGACAGGGCUACUCACAGUGCUUGGAGAGGAAACAUUCAAUGCACCAGUGGAUGAGAGGGCACAUGAGACAUGGCUUCAGUUCAUAUCAGGAGAGAGUUGACACUGGUAGUGGAGUGGAGUGGAGUGAUCAUCCCCUCUUAAUCAGGGAGCAGGAGAGGACUUAUACAAAUAGCAGAUACAUUCCAUUACAGCAGCACCAUCAUAGGUUUGAGCAACAAGUUUCUCCAUGAAGUUAAACUCAGACAUCUCAGAAUUCACAAAGUCAAACACAGAAUGCGCAUCUCGCCCACUUGACACAUACAAGUAGCUCUGAAUAAAGCCCUGAUCAUACACAUACCUAACUGUCUGUGUUUAAAUACAAAUAAAUGUAUGCACUCGCUCUGGAUAAGAAUGUCUGCUAAAUGACUAAAAUGUAAAAUGUAAAUGUUUCAUCCAUUUGCCAUGCGAAGAAAUGCGCUGUGUCAACCUCUCUUUUAAUCUAAUUUUUAAUGGAUGAUGCGAUGGAAGCUAUCAAAUCAUUCUGAAUUGAUUUUGACAUCCCAGAGAAGGCAGUAGAAACUUCCAUAAGCUCAGCAAGUAAAGCAAAUUACCUCUGCAAGCUCGUUGUAUUUGCCCUUGUUAUUGGAACUUUGAAUGGAAUAAUAUCCUAAAAAUGCUCAACUAUUCACUAUCUCAAUCUCAAUCUAUCCAACAAUGUCACCAACUCACCAAGCUUCAAAAUCACACAUGCGUAGUACUAGGUUCAUUCUCUGAACAUGUUCAUACUGCAAAAGCUUUGAUUGGUUGAAGUACGUCUUCCGGAAGUUGUCAUAAUUACCAUGUAGGUCCUCCUAGGUUUUGUAUUGAAGUCAACAUAGCCAGAAAAGGACGGAAAAUGGCUGUCCUCCAGCAACACAAUGGUGCUACCCUAGAGGGUGCUGUUGAGACUACUGUAGACCUUCAUUGCAAAACAGUGUGUUUUAAUCAGGUAUUUGGUGACGUGAAUAUAUUUAGUAUAGUUUUAUCUUAAAUUAUGAAACAUUUAAAACAUUUUAAUUUUUCUGAAAUUCACUGAGUAGGAUGGUCCUCCCCUUCCUCCUCUGAGGAGCCUCCACUGGCACACCGUUUUCUACCCUCCAGCCCCCUGCCCUAUCUCUCAAAUCAAAUCAAAUCAAAGCAAAUUGUAUUGGUUACAUACACAAAUUUAGCAGAUGUUAUUGCGGGUGUAGCGAAAUGCUUGUGUUCCUAGCUCCAACAGUGCAGUAGUAUCUAACAAUUCACAACAAUACAAACAAAUCUAAAAGUAAAAUAAAUAUAUACAUAUUAGGACGAGCAAUGUCGGAGUGGCAUUGACUAAAAUACAGUAGAAUACAGUAUAUACAUAUGAAAUUAGUAAAACAGUAUGUAAACAUUAUUCAAGUGACUAGUGUUUCAUUAUUAAAGUGACCCUUGAUUCCAUGUCUAUGUACAUAGGGCAGCAGCCUCUAAGGUGCAGGGUUGAGUAACUGGGUGGUAGCCGGCUAGUGAAGGCUAUUUAACAGUUUGAUGGCCUUGAGUUAGAAGCUGUUUUUCAGUCUCUCUGUCCCCGCUUUGAUGUACCUGUACUGACCUCGCCUUCUCGAUGAAAGCGGGGUGAACGGUUGAUGUCCUUGAUAAUCUUUUUGGCCUUCCUGUGACAUCGAGUGCUGUAGGUGUCCUGGAGGGCAGGCAGUGUGCCACCGGUGAUGCGUUGGGCAGCCUUUGGAGAGCCCUGCGGUUGCGGGUGGUGCAGUUGCCGUACCAGGCGAUGAUACUGCUCUCAAUUGUGCAUCUGUAAAAGUUUGUGAGGGUCUUAGGGGCGAAGCUGAAUUUCUUCAGCCUCCUGAGGUUGAAGAGGCGCUAUUGCGCCUUCUUCACCACACUGUCUGUGUGGGUGGACCAUUUCUAGUCAGAGGUUGCUGUGGGCAGCCAUCUCUCACCCUUUAUUAGUGUCAGUACACACACACAUACAGUUGAAGUCGGAAGUUUACAUACACUUAGGUUGGAGUCAUUAAAACUCAUUUUUCAACCACUCCACAAAUGUCUUGUUAACAAACUAUAGUUUUGGCAAGUCGGUUAGGAAAUCUACUUUGUGCAUGACACAAGAUUUUUUCCAACAAUCGUUUGCAGACAGAUUAUUUUACUUAUAAUUCACUGUAUCACAAUUCCAGUGGGUCAGAAGUUUACAUACACUAAGUUGACUGUGCCUUUAAACAGCUUUGAAAAUUCCAGAAAAUGAUGUCAUGGCUUUAGAAGCUUCUGAUAGGCUAAUUGACAUCGUUUGAGUCAAUUGGAGGUGUACCUGUGGAUGUAUUUCAAGGCCUACCUUCAAAGUCAGUACCUCUUUGCUUGACAUCAUGGGAAAAUCAAAAGAAAUCAGCAAAGGCCUCGGAAAAAAAAUAUUUUAGACCUCCACAAGUCUGGUUCAUCCUUGGGAGCAAUUUCCAAACGCCUGAAGGUACCACGUUCAUCUGUACAAACAAUAGUACGCAAGUAUGUGCAAGUGUGGUCCUCUGUAGCUCAAUUGGUAGAGCAUGGCGCUUGUAACGCCAGGGUAGUGGGUUCGAUCCCCGGGACCACCCACACGUAAAAAUGUAUGCACACAUGACUGUAAGUCGCUUUGGAUAAAAGCGUCUGCUAAAUGGCAUAUUAUAUUAUUAUUAUAAGUAUAAACACCAUGGGACCACGCAGCCGUAAUACCGCUCAGGAUGGAGUCGCGUUCUGUCUCCUAGAUAUGAACGUACUUUGAUGUGAAAAGUGCAAAUCAAUCCCAGAACAACAGCAAAGGACCUUGUGAAGAUUCAGGAGGAAACAGGUAAAAAAGUAUCUAUAUCCACAGUAAGACGAGUCCUAUAUCGACAUAACCUGAAAGGCCGCUCAGCAAGGAAGAAGCCACUGCUCCAAAACCGCCAUAAAAAAGCCAGACUAUGGUUUGCAACUGCACAUGGGGACAAAAAUCGUACUUUUUGGAGAAAUGUCCUCUGGUCUGAUGAAACAAAAAUAGAACUGUUUGGCCAUAAUGACCAUCGUUAUGUUUGGAGGAAAAAGGGGGGACGCUUGCAAUUCGAAGAACACCAUCCCAACCGUGAAGCACAGGGGUGGCAGCAUCAUGCUGUGGGGGUGCUUUGCUGCAGGAGGGACUGGUACACUUCACAAAAUAGAUGGCAUCAUGAGGAAGGAAAAUUAUGUGGCUAUAUUGAAGCAACAUCUCAAGACAUCAGUCAGGAAGUUAAAGCUUGGUCGCAAAUGGGUCUUCCAAAUGGACAACGACCCCAAGCAUACUUCCAAAGUUGUGGCAAAAUGGCUUAAGGACAACAAAGUCAAGGUAUUGGAGUGGCCAUCACAAAGCCCUGACCUCAAUCCUAUAGAACAUUUGUGGGCAGAACUGAAAAAAGUGUGUGCAACAAGGAGGCCUACAAACCUGACUCAGUUAAACAAGCUCUGUCAGGAGGAAUGGGCCAAAAUUCACCCAACUUAUUGUGGGAAGGUUGUGGAAGGCUACCCAAAAUGUUUGACCCAAGUUAAACAAUUUAAAGGCAAUGCUACCAAAUACUAAUUGAGUUUAUGUAAUCUUCUGAUCCACUGGGAAUGUGAUGAAAGAAAUAAAAGCUGAAAUAAAUCAUUCUCUCUACUAUUAUUCUGACAUUUCACAGUCUUAAAAUAAAGUGGUGGUCCUAACUGACCUAAGACAGGGAAUUUUUACUAGGAUUAAAUGUCAGGAAUUGUGAAAACGGAGUUUAAAUGUAUUUGGUUAAGGUGUAUGUAAACUUCCGACUUCAACUGUACACACACUUACUCACACCCCUGCGGACACCCUGACCCUGACACCUUUGACAUUGUAAUCAACCCCAGCUAGUUUGGAGGCUGGCCCACGCUAACCCACUCCCCAAAUCUCCCAGCUGCCCCCCACUUUGACUUGAACCCCCAUCAAAUGUCACACAAACACACACAUACAGCUUGGUGCACCUCUGUGGAGCUAAAAUGGUAAUGUUAUCAAAUGUGGCCAGCACAGACAGAUAGACAGAGUCCUUGGGCUGUUGUACGUUGAGCAGAGCCGGGCUAGCUCUAUUUACUGAGAGAGAGGUUCCUAUGGGCCUCACAGUAGGACGCAGAGGGAUGGAGGGAUGGAGAGACGAAUAUAGUGAUGAGGAAGCAGGUCCAGACACAGAUGGGCGGUGUGACGAGUAAACAACAAAGUCUCCUUUGGGUCUAACAGUGGGCUGAUCGGACGCAGAAGAAUGGAUGGAGGAAUGAAGGGAUGAGAAACCAGGUCCAGAUGUGGACAGACUGUGUUACAAGGAAAUGCCCCCCCUCCCCUUCCCUGUUCAUUUAGAUGGGGACUAUCCCAUCCUGACUCACUAGCCCCCUCAUCCCUCUUCUCUCACCUUGCCCCCAGGGCAGUAGUUAGCACCGUGCCGAGUGGCCCAAAUUGAUUCUUUAUAGAGUUGCUGUGGGGGCUGAAUAGGUUAGUUUACAAUAACAUUUCCUUGCCUGAGGUGCUGGGGGUUAUUUGGGGGUUGGAGGGUAGGUGUGGCCAGGGGGAGAGGAGAGGGGAUGAGCGUGUGUAUGUGUGUGUGCAUGCGUGUGGGACAAGAGGGAGAUAGAAUCCUGACACGUUGUUACUGUAUGAAGAUGGAUAGAUUUACCAUUGUCCUCUCUCCAUUCUCUAGGAGACGGAGGUGAGGAACACUCUAGUUUUUUCCCCCAUUGGCAUGUUUGUGGGGCGAGAGUGUAUGUUUACAUGUGCAUUGUGUGUUUUCCUGUGUGUGUCCCAAGCUUCAGCCUCGCCUCUGACAAAGUGACCUUGGAUUUAUCACUAUUGGCCGGUCCGCUGGAGGAAUAUUUAUGGCUCACGCAGCUUUUAUCGCUGUCACCUAAUUGCACAGGUCGGCUAUAAAGUCACUCGUCUGCUACGGCAGUUGCUGGUCCCGAGGGGAAAAUAAAAAGGAAGGGUGUCAUGUAACUAUGCCAGUAAACAAGGUGUGACAGCAAAUCUAAAGAAGACCAGGCAGGAGAGGUAAAUGCAAAUGGAACUGCCAAAGGCCAAAGAAACUCCCAUUUUUUCCUUCUAACUUUAUCAGAUGCAUUGUUCACUAGAUUUAUCACAUUAUUUAUUAGAGAGCAAAACAAAAAUAUUUAAGAUGACAAACAACAAAAAACAAACAACAAAACUUGUCAUAAACACACAGCUGGCGUUAUUGUUAUUUACCAGAUGCUCUGGCAUGGUCUGAUGAUGCAUCGUGGCUAAAAACCUGAGCGGGCUAAAAAUAGCUCCGUCAUCAUUGCCUGGAUAUGACACUGGGCUCGGGAACGCAGUGCGUCAAAUGAGCAUGGGGGAUAGCGAAGCAUCGCUGAACACAGCACACAGCACUUAAUGACUAAACAAACAGCUUCAGCCUGGGCUCUGCUAUUCUAGUGGCUCCUAUCUGAUUCUCUAUAAAAGACUGAGGAACAGUUUGUAGUUACUAUUGAGUCAAUGUUUAGUGGAAGGCUUUGUCAAUAACCUGACAAAGGGGUAUACCUAGUCAGUUGCACAACUGAAUGCAUUCAAGGCUGCCUAAAAGGCUCUGCAUGGUCAAUCUGUGUCUGAAGUGGCGUACAGCAUUAGACAUCAGGGCUUUCAUAUUUCUUGUGCUUAGCGGAGCAGAGCAGAGCUAUUGUGAAGGAAAUUGUCAAGUUUGUGUUUAUACAGGACGUACCGCCCCCACCUAUUGUCAGCUAAUCAUGUCAAUGCAUCUGCAUGCCUCCGCAAUUGUUUCACACCCUCCAUACGAAGCCUCCGACCACAUUUUCGGAUCAAGCAUAAAUUGGCUUUCAAUCGACAUCUACAUCACCGGCACCCAGGGAGCAGUUGUUGGGGGUUAACUGCCUUGCUCAAGGGCAGAACAGCAGAAUUCGCUACCUUGCAGACUCAGAGAUACCAACCAGCAACCUUUCGGUUACUGGCCCAACGCUCUUAACCGCUAAGCUACCUGCCACCGAGUUUGAUUCUCUGUGAAAUAAUAGUGAAGCAUAGUUUGUGGUCACUAUUGAGUAAUAUAGGAACAGCUGUCAAUAUAGGCUACUCUGUAAAGUAUAACAUUAAACAAUAGCCUUGCACAGUAACUUUACUAACGUAAUUGGAAAUGACAAAUAACAUGACAUCAUUGUCUGUGGUCUCUUACUCUAGCCAAUCAGCGGGCAGUACGUGGCAAACGGUGGCUGACCUGGUCAAGUUGGAGAAACACACAGUCAGCGGUCUCUUCCCCAACACCAUCUAUCUGUUCAUCGUCCGAGCGGUCAACGCUUAUGGCCUGAGUGACCCCAGCCCCAUCUCUGAGCCCGUCCGCACACAAGGUCAGUACCUAGGAGGGGAUACAACAUUUUUACUAAACAUUUACUACGAGAGACAAAAAAAUUAAAAUACAGAGUGGUAGUUAGUGUAAAACAAGUGUGGGAAGUCAAAACGUAAUUUUUCACUCAUUUUGAGACCUUGCAUCAUGAAAGCAUAAAUGUCUGAAGGCUUUAUGCUUUAUAUAAAACAAUUUAGGGUAUUUCAAUCAAGUGUGAAUGUGAGUUAAGAAUCCACUAUCAUUUUACUGAGUAUUUUGUGUCUUGAUGUUUGUUCAUGUUGUGUUUGCAGAUGUGAGUCCUACCGGUCAGGGAGUGGACCACAGGCAGGUCCAGAAAGAGCUGGGAGAGGUGGCCGUUCAACUUCAGGAGCCUGUCACGCUCACUGCCUCCAGUGUUCAAGUAUCAUGGACAGUGAGUACCCUGACCUGAGUUUGCAUCAUCUUUCACAGGAGAAAUGCUAUCGGUUGGACACACUCUAUAAAUGUUUUUUUUAAAUUAGAUUUUUUACUGUAUACCCAUAUUCAAGGGUAGUAGAACUGUAUCUCUUUCUCUUUUUAUUGCUCCCUUUUCUGUAAUUUUCCCUCAUUCUUUCUCUCUAUUUCUCCAUGUUCUCCCGUUUUUCCUCCCCUCCCCAGGUGGACCGUCAGUCCCAGUACAUCCAGGGCUACCGGAUUCUCUACCGGCCCAGCGGUGGCACCUGGCAGCUGCAGGAUGUCAAGGCCCCGUCGGAGCGCCUGGCCGUGGUCGCUGACCUGCUCAAAGGCACUGAGUACGAGAUCAAGAUCCGGCCCUAUUUCGACGAGUUCCAGGGCAUGGACAGUCGGCUGCUGCUGGUCAGAACACCAGAGGAAGGUAAGACUGGCUAGAAGCUACUGACACUGACCACUUCUGAUGAGACUGACACAAGCCUUGAUGAGACAGAGGCUGUUGUAGCGGGUGACUUAACGGUGCACUGGGAAAAACAAAACACACGGGUGAAUAUCCCGGCGAUAAAGUACAAUAUGCUCCACUGAGCUAUCGACACCUCCACAUGGAAACAAUAACACUCAAAGACAUGGGGAGCAGAGGGAAUACGUAUACAGAGACUGAUGAGGGGAUAUGAAGCAGGUGUGUGUGAAAACAAGACAAAACAAAUGGAAUGAUGAAAAGAGGAGCGGCAUUGGCUAGAAGGAGGCAGCUUCGGCGGAAGUCGUGACAGUACCCCCCCUCCCCUCCCCUCCCCUUGACGUGCAGCGCCAGCAUCGCGCCGACACCAGCCUCAGGGAUGAUCAGGAGGACGCGGAGCAGGGCGAUCCGGAUGGCGACGGUGGAAAUCCCGCAACAGGGAGGGAUCAAGGACAUCCUUCACCGGGACCCAGCACCGCUCCUCCUGACCGUACCCCUCCCACUACACGAGUUCCUGAAGGACCCCCACCCGACGCCUCGAAUCCAGGAUGGAACGGAGGGGGCGGAGGGACCUCCCGCACCUCAGACUCCUGAGUGGACCAGCCACCAUUGGCCUGAGGAGAGACAUGUGAAACGAGGGGUUAAUACGGUAAUCAGGAGGGAGUAUCAACCUAUACGUAACCUUGUUUACUCUCCUCAGAACGGCCCCACAAACCACAGGCUCAGCUUCCGGCAGGGCAGGCGGAGGGGCAGGUUCCGGGUCGAGAGCCAGACCAGAUCACCCGGUACAAAGACCAGGGCCUCACUGCGGUGGCGGUCAGCGUUGGCCUUAUGGCGACGCACGGCACGCUGGAGGUGGAAGUGGGCAGCGUUCCAUGUCUCCUCCACGCGCUAAAACCAGUCGUCCACCGCAGGAGCUUCGGUCUGGCUCUGAUGCCACGGUGCCAGGACCGGCUGAUACCCUAAAACUAAUUGAAAUGUUGACAGGUUAGUGGAGGAGGUGCGGAGAGAGUUCUGUGCAUAUUCGGCCCAUGGCAAGAACACCGACCUCUCCCCCAGCCGGUCCUGGCAGUAGGACCGCAGGAACCUACCCACAUCCUGAUUCACCCGUUCCACCUGCCCAUUAGAUUCGGGGUGAAACCCAGAGGUCAGGCUGACCGAGACCCCUAGACAUUCCAUGAACGCCUUCCAGACCCUGGACAUAAACUGGGGACCCCGGUCAGACACUAUGUCCUCUGGCACCCCGUAGUGCUUGAAGACUUGAGUAAACAGGGCUUCCGCAGUUUGCAGGGCCGUGGGGAGUCAGGGCAGAGGAAGGAGGAGGUAGGCUUUAGAGAAGUGGUCCACAACGACCAGGAUGGUGGUGUUACCCUGAGAGAGGGGAAGAUCAGUUAGGAAAUCAAUGGAUAAGUGGGACCAUGGCCGUUGUGGAACUGGUAAGGGAUGUAACUUACCCACUAAAGGUGCCUAGGUGCCUUACUCUGGGCGCACACCGAGCAGAAGGAGACAUACACCCUCAUGUCCUUAGCCAAGGUAGGCCACUAGAACUUCACGGUCCGGCAGCGCACUGUACGGACGAUUCCUGGGUGACCAGAGGAGGGGGGCGUGUGUGCCCAAUAGAUAAGAUGAUCACGGACACCAGACGGCACGUACCGAAGUCCAGCGGGGCACUGAGGUGGAGAUGGCUCUGUGCGUAACGCCCGCUCUAUGUCCGCGUCCACUGCCCAUAACACCGGCGCCACAAUGCAGGAGGCCGGGAGUAUGGUGGUGUUGUCAAUGGGCCUCUCCUCUGUGUCAUACAGCCGUGACAGUGUGUCUGCUUUCACGUUCUUCGUGCCUGGUAUAUAGGACAGCACGAAAUUAAACCGGGGGAAGAACAAGGCCCACCUUGCCUGGCGAGGGCUCAGCCUCCUCGCUGCCUGGAUGUACUCCAGGUUACGGUGGUCAGUCCAGACGAGGAAAGGGUGUUUCGCCCCCUCAAGCCAGUGCCUCCACGCUGUCAGGACUCUGACAACAGCCAACAGCUCCCGAUCACCAACGUCAUAGUUCUGCUCCGCCGGGCUGAGCUUCUUAUAGAAGAAGGCACAGGAGCGGAGCUUGGGUGGGGUACCCGAGCGUUGGAAUAGGACAGCGCCUACACCUACCUCGGACGCGUCCACCUCCACUACGAACAGUAAUGAUGGAUCGGGAUGGGCCAGUACCUGGGCUGAGGUGAACAGAGCCCUCAGUUUACUGAAAGCCCUGUCAGCCUCAGCAGACCAGCGGAGCCGGGACAGCCCACCCUUCAACAGAGAGGUGAUGGGGGAUGCGACCUUGCCAAAGCCCCAGAUAAACCUCAGAUAGUAAUUGGAAAAGCCAAUGAAGCGCUGCACCUCCUUUACCGUGGUUGCAGUCGGCCAAUUACGCAUGGCUGAAAUGCGGUCUCCCUCCAUCUCCACACCUGAGGUGGUGAUGUGGUAUCCGAGGAAGGAGACGGAUUGUUGUAAGAACAGACAUUUUUCAGCCUUGGCAUACAGGUCAUGCUCCAACAGUCGGCCAAGCACUCUGCGAACCAGGGACACAUGCUCGGCGCGCGUAGCGGAAUACACCAGGAUGUCAUCGAUGUAGACUACCACACCGCGACCAAGCAUGUUCCGAAACACCUCGUUCACAAAGGACUGGAAGACUGAUGGAGCAUUCAUCAACCCGUACGGCAUUGUGCAGUAGGAUGCCCUCUCUUGCCACAAGAGUGACACUGGAUCUCUCGUCCUCCGUUCUCCCAGAACACUGCACCACCCAGCUCCAUCGGAACGUGAUCCGGGUUGAAGGGGGGUGAAACUGGCAGGCCCCUUCCAGGAUGUCCUCUCGAAGCCAGCAGGUUGUCCAACCGGAUGGCCAUGUCCACCAGUUGGUUGAAGGUCAACGUUGUAUCCCGGCAGGCUAGCUCCCUUCGGACGUCCUCACGCAGGCUGCAUCGGAAGUGGUCGAUGAGGGCCCGCUCAUUCCACCCGGACCCAGCCGCUAGAGUUCUAAACUCCAGGGCAAAGUCUUGCACGGUCCUCGUCCCCUGCCUCAGAUGGACCAGAUGCUCGCCCGCCUCUCUUCCUUCGGGGGGAUGAUCGAAGACUGCCCGGAAGAGGCGAGCAAACUCUCCGUAGUUGUCCAAAGCGUCUCCUCUUUCACUCCAGACCGCGUUGGCCCACUCCAGGGCUUUUCCCAGUUGGCCAACUCCAGGGCUUUCCCCGAGAGACAGGAGACGAGGGCGGACACCUUCUCCCGAUCCGAUGGAGCAGGGCUGAUGGUGUUGAAAUAGAGGUCCAGCUGCAGGAGGAAACCCUGGCAGCGGGCCGCUGUCCCGUCGUAUUCCCUCGGUCGAGACAUGUGAAUACCUCUGGGUGCUGGUGUGUGGGUGGCUGGAUCUGGUCACUCAGCUGGUUCCGCAGGGUCGGGUCCUCUCCUCUCCAGGCGCUGGACGGCCUGGAGAACCCGAUCCAUCGCUUCGCCCAAGCUGGCUAAUAUGUUGGAAUGCUCUGGGACCCGCUCAAAGACUCCAGGCAUAUUCCCCGCCUGACCGAACAAGGAGAGGAGCAGCUUCGGCGGAAGUCGUGACAGCUGUCCUAAUAUGGACAGCGUAUACUUAAGAUAGCCUAUGUCCAUAAUGGAGGGAAUAGUGGGUAAGACGUUUUUUUUAAAGGUUUUGAAAGUGCGAUUGAUUGGUCAGUCACAUCUUUGAGAAGUCAAAAGCAAUUCAGUCUCAACUGGAUUGCAAUUCCCAACACGUGUGACCUUCACAUCCUGUUAUGAAGACGGUGCACUGUUUAGUCCAAUAACCACUUCAUGGCAUUUGAUGGCAUUUCAUGGAGUCUGCCAUUUUCAUCAAACUCUAAUCAUAUUUUUGCUAUCUUACCAAAUGCCCCUAUUUAUUUUGUUCUAUGUCAACAGGGAGUUGGGUUUUUUCACCACUUGAUCUUCCUUCUUUCCCUGCAGUCCCGAGCGCCCCUCCCAAAGCAGUCACUGUGGUUACAGUGAAGCUGAGCAACAGCUCCAGCAUUAGUGUCUCCUGGGAGCCUCCCCCCGCCGAGAUGCAGAAUGGAAUCAUCCAGGAGUACAAGGUAGGCUGACUGAACCAGAGAAGACGAUAUCAUGAUUGGAUCAAUCCAAUGACAACCAUCCGUACGGGUGGUAUUUACUUAGAAAUAACAUGAUAAAAUAAAAAGCACAUAAUAAAAGUUACAUCAUUAUAAUGAUUUCUUUGGGAUUCAUUAAAACAAGUAAUUGGAAAUAAGGAGUAGCUAUGAAUUGUUUUGAAUUUUUCAAAGCCAGUACCAGAACGUACCCAUAGUUACCAAUUUUUUAUUUAUUUACUAAAUAACUAAAUACCAUGUAAACACCAGCUCAAACAGGACUGUAAAAUAUAUCGUGUCCAUAUUAGGACUGCCUCAAAGUCACAACAGGCAGUCCUAAUAUGGACACCAUGAAUUUGACCUCUUCUAUCUCUUACACCAAUCACCAUCCUCCAACCAACAACAGGUGUGGUGUGUAGGCAACGACACCCAGACCCGCUACCACAUCAACACCACCGUAGAUGGCACCUUCCUCUCCACUGUGCUCAAGGGGCUGCUGCCAGGUAUCUUGUACCAGGUGGAGGUGGCAGCAGUGACCAGCGCAGGAGUGGGCACCCACAGCCAGCCUGUGUCCAUCCUCAUUAGUGAGUCCCCGCAGAACCACAAGCUAGCAGAAUUAUACAUUUCAGUUCCGGGAUAUCAAGGAGAUAGUAUAAGAUUUAGUGGAACCGCUAAUGAGGGAAGCAAAAAUUACUGAAAUUAUUGUUAAGCGUUACAGUAGCAUCAUAUUCAUGUGUUAAGCAUGCUUAGAGUCUGUGUACAACUUAGAAUCAAAUGUUGUAUUGUUGCCAUGAGGCCAACAAGCCUGAUUCUAACUUUACACACAGUUCUGAGGUGUGGAAGAUUAAAUGUUUUGCCAUUCAUCAUUUGGUUUAUAACACAUACAAUUUUGGCAUACACAGUACUCAAACCAUGCAGUAUUACGUGGAAAAUUAUGGUUAUAAUACAGUACUUACAGGGCAAAUGUCUGAAAAUCAAAAUAUCAAUCAAACUUCUCACUUACUUGCCGCUCUCCCUCAGAGCUGCCAGCGGAGGCACCUUCAGUGUCCAGUACCAGUGAGGGCGAGGACGGUGAUGAGGGCAGCCUGAGCCUGGCCGAGCAGAUCACUGACGUGGUGAAGCAGCCGGCGUUCAUCGCUGGGAUCGGCGGGGCCUGCUGGGUCAUCCUCAUGAGUUUCAGCAUGUGGAUCUACUGCCGCCGCAAGAAGAGGAAGGAGCUGAAUCACUAUACCGCAUCGUUCAACUACACACCUGCAGGUACUUUACACACUUUAUUUGAUGCACUCUUUAUACAACACUUAAUGUUACUUUACCACUUAUCAAAGAAGCAUGUUGUAAUAUAACCAACCUUACAUUUUACAUUUUAGUCAUUUAGCAGACGCUCUUAUCCAGAGCGACUUACAGUUAGUGAGUGCAUACAUUUAUUUAUUUUUCAUACUGGUCCCCUGUGGGAAUCGAACCCACAACCCUGGCGUUGCAAGCGCCAUGCUCUACCAACUGAGCUACACGGGACUUACCAUAUCAAGUAUUCUACUGCACUUUACAAUAGGCUGCUAUUUUAAACUUAAAAUACUUCAGGAUUUCAGUGAAUUAUUUUUAUAACGUACAAGGGUGACAAUAUAUUAGAGUGCAACUGUACCAUAUGACAUUAUGUCCACCACCCAUGCCUUACUGUAUUUUACCUUGCCAUUCACACCUGAAUGCACGUUUCCUUUCUUCUGCAGUUGGCUUUCCACAUGGAGAGGCAUCUGGACUCAAUGGAAGGUAAGGAUCCCUGUUUCUGUUAUUUCAAGGAGACUUCCCCAUUCUUAUUACUAGUCUUCUUUUAGUAAAGUGAUGAGAACAAAGCUGUGGAUUGGCAUCAGAUAUGAUCAUAGUGUGUGUUUUAUUAUGUUUUAGGCCUGGCAUGCUGGGUGGCAACAUGGGCAACUACCCGUGGCUGGCAGACUCCUGGCCCACCACCGACCUGGUCCACAGUGGCAAAGAGGCCGUCAACUGCUGCACCUCCAAACAUGACACUGCAGAGAGAUACUACAAUGGUAUGAGACACAGCAUGAUCCUGCUCACAGCGGUCAGUUUGUUUUGUGCACAACCAGGGAUUAUCUCUACAAUGCCUUUUGUGUAGUCUCAGGGAGAUUUUUUCAAAUUGCAUACUCAUUGCAUCCUCUCUUCUCCCUCCUUGCCUCCUUGUGAAAACCCAUUGGAGGAGAAGGUCAGAGGGGAGGGACCUCUGGCUUUCUCAUCCAAUGGGUUUUGAGAAGAAGACAAGGAGAGAGAAGAGAGGAUGCAAGGAGUAUGCAAUUGAGAUCUUCCCUCAGUCUUUGAAGAAGUCUGAAUGUAUAGUUUCCAUCAUCUCAUGUGACAUCAACUUGUACGGCAGACAUGGGGCUGAAUUCAAGCACUUCUGGAAAACACAACAGGUUGAAUUAUUAUUAAAACAUUUGUAUUUUGCUUUACCAAAUAGUGCAUCCUGUAUAUGUCAUGGUAACUGUAGCUCACAUAUCAACUUUGACACUAACUCUGCAGUUAAAUAUCUAUAAAUCCUCUUAUAACCAUAAAUCAAAUGACAAAAGAAGAUGACCUCUCACCUGAAUCUGACCUCUCACCUCUGACCCCCCUCGGCACCAGAAGCGGGUAUAUCCAUCUACCUGAACCAGACAGAGAAGUACAGCACGGGCGAUUCCACCGAAGGCCCGAUCUACAGCACCAUUGACCCCACCGCCGAGGACCUACGCAGCUUUAACAGCCCCUACUCCUCCACCACGCCCUACGCCAGCACUCCAAUCAUGCCCUUCACCAACCAGGCGCUCCAGGGGUCUCACAGCCCCACAGAGCAAGAUGGCGGCCACUGGAUCACCCAGCCCGCCGGACCCUCCUCCCAGUACGCCCAGCCCGACCGCUGCAGGACGGACAGCGGUAAGACUGUGUUUAAGAUUGUGUUUCCCAUGGUAUGGUUCAAGGUAGGGCACCAAGAACCCAAAGCAACAUUCCCAAAAAAGUUUCACAUAAUAACUGGAGGCAUUUUAACAUUUUUGGAGCCAUAGAACAGCAUUAUGGUACCUACUAGCUAGCAACAAGAGACAUAGCGGGAGCUAACCUACUGUAAAUUGGUGUAACUGAUUCAUCUGGAGGCGGAAAAAACGCACACCUGGUUAGGCGAGGUGCUGGCUAGCGGAGUAGAAGACUUGAAAAAUAAAACGAGAGCCGCAAACUCUAGGAGCUCAGAUACAAUAAUUUAAUAACAACGUUUCGACAGCCAAGCUGUCUUCAUCAGGGUAUAAUGACAAACACUGCGGGUCACUAGUUUAUAUAGAGUUUGAAAGGACACACACACAGGUGUCUGUAAUCAUGGCCGGCUGUGGCUUUAUUUCAUUGGUCGAUUUACAAAUUAUGUACAAUGGAUAUCAAAAACACAAUAAUCACAAGAAUGGCUUCAUAUCAAACUUUACAUUAAGACCAAGGGGAGCAAGGGUCUUUAAAUGAAAGAUCCAGGCGGCCUCUCAUUUAACAAUACAUUUUCAAGGUCACCCCCUCUCCUAGGGAGGGUGACGUGUUCAAUGUCGAUAUAGCGAAGGGACGAAAUAGUGGUUAGCUUCCAAAAAGUGGGCCGCAACUGGGUACGUCAAGUUUUUGCACCUAAUGGUGCUACGAUGCGCAGAGAUUCUUACUUUUAGUUCGCGCUUAGUUUUGCCCACAAUUUUUUUACCACAAGGACAAGUUAUAAUAGAAAUAACUGCCUUAGUGGAGCACGUGUUUUUGCUAUCCAUUGUAUAUAAUGUUAGUAGGCCUAUGUGUCACGGUCGUUGAGAGACGGGUCAGACCAAGGUGCAGCGUGAAAAGCAUACAUGUUUAUUUAACUCAAUAAACAAAACAAGAAACAACGUAACGUGAAGUCCUCAGGCUAUACACAUACAAGCCAAACACGGAACAAGAUCCCACAACUAAGGAAGGCAAACAGGCUACUUAAGCAUGAUCCCCAAUCAGAGACAACGAGCGACAGCUGUCUCUGAUUGGGAAUCACACCUGGCCAAACAUAGAAACACAACCUAGAUCCUAAACAUAGAUAUACAUCACAUAGAUUUCCACACCCUGACUAAACAAACAAGAGUUCCAUACGUCAGGGCGUGACACUAUGUAACCAAAUUGUAUCUAUGAUCGUAUGUUAUCCAUUCAUGCUUUUUUAAAUGUUCUAUUUAUAUCUGUGAAUCGACCAUUGAAAUAAAGCCACAGCCGGCCAUGAUUACAUACACCUGUGUGUGUCCUUUCAAACUCUAUAUAAACUAGUGACCCGCAGUGUUUGUCAUUAUACCCUGAUGAAGACAGCUUGGCUAUCGAAAGAAACGUUGUUAUUAAAUUAUUGCAUCUGAACUCCUUGAGUGUACGGCUCUCCUUUUCUUUUUCAAGAACACAUAUGCAUGCCUCCAAAAAUUACGAGGGACUUCUAGUUAUGUUUGUGAUAUACAUGUAUACCCUUUUCAAGUGUAUAAAAAUGUAUUUAGAGACCUUAGGACCAAGUCUUCCCACUGUACAGCACUAAAACAACUAUUUGUGUGUCUAUGUGCAGGUAAACCCAAGCAGAAGUCCAUGGGCAAGGCGGUGAAGACCCCUUCUAUGAACUGGACUGAAGCCCUACCCCCGCCCCCCUCCUUUGGGGAGCUGGAGGAGUGUAUGGUGGAGGAUUUGCCCAUAGAUGACCAUGAGGACAUGGAGCUAGGGUGAGCACGCAUGCACGCGCACACACACACGCAUAUAAAUAUACAUAAGCGUGUACACAUGCACACACACACACACACACACUUAUGCUGCCUGGCACAACACACACCGAUGAUUACACCAUCUUCUUGCUAAGUUGAAGUUAAUACUGAUUGAUUAAGGUACAGUAGAUCUCUCAUAUACCCUCUAUGGACAUUCUUUAUAGGACCUGAUGUGUCUCUGCUUGGCACUCAGCAUUAAGGAGAUAGAUUGGGGGUAAGGCCCCACGAUAGACUAGUGUCCUGUACCGGGGGUGUACUUGUACAUCAAGCUGCCUCAUGCUACAGAAGCAGGAGAUAGGCUCCUGCUCCUAUGAGCCGUUUUGGCUCAUGCAAGGCUACUUACUAUACUGUCCUAUAGAAGUAUGGGCCUCUGACUUGCUCUCUUUUUCCUGGCCCUUGUCUCUGCACUCUCAGGCCCUACUAACAAAUAGUUCUGGGCCAUGGUUUUGUGUGGAGGUUAAUUACAUUAGCCUAACAUUGCCUAUCUGUCUGACAGGACAGACUCCCCUUUGGUCUCUCUCUGUGGUCCUCUGUAGCUCAGCUGGUAGAGCACGGCGCUUGUAACGCCAAGGUAGUGGGUUCGAUCCCCGGGACCACCCAUACACAAAAAUGUAUGCACGCAUGACUGUAAGUCGCUUUGGACAAAAGCGCCUGCUAAAUGGCAUAUUAUUAUUAACCCCGUACGAGCUCUGGACCUCAAUGCACCUUUUCUUCCAGUUCCCUGCUGAACCACAUUACUGUCACACUGCAAAAUGAAUACACACACAUUCGCCUACACACAUAUAAGACAAUAUUGUCAAGGCCAGCAAGUCAGUAAUCAUGAAGGUUUAGCAAGGGGACCAUUCAGUUAUCGCUCCUAACUGCCAUUCACUCCACCUGAAUAGGCUAGGCUAGCAGCUCAACUGAAGCAGGCAUGAGGCUUACGAACUUCUAUCUCUAACCAUUUCUGACAGCUAGAUUACAUUGGCUCUAGCCAAGACGCUAGCAGGCAGUUAGCAAUUUAGCCACUAUUCCCAAGUCCCAACCCUAUCUCACACAUUGACCCUGUUAGCUAAUGACAUUAGCCUACUUUAGCCAGUUCCCCUUCUCAUGUUCUUCUCUCCGGGUCACCAGAACAAAAUAAUCAUUCAGCAGCCUUCUCAUGCACCACUCAAUCUAGCCCCAUGCAGCUGAUAGCCGUUAGCAGAGAUUGGUGAUGAACCUGAGUUAAUGCCGUUAACCUUUGAGUUAGCCCCUGUGGCUAGCUGAGAGGAACGUUGGCCUCAUGACAUUACCUAACUCCCUGGCCUUGCCCAUUUCCUCCAUGGUCUACACAUACGCAUGUAUGCACAUCCCCCCUGACCAUAGAUCAGUGUUCCUAGGGGCCACGGCAUCCUACUCUGUCUAAAGUGAACCUAUGGAAAAAGUUAAUUGAAUGGUUAUAAACCUUUUCUGACCCUCUCCUCCUCUUUCUCCUCCUUCCCAGGUCUGAUGAGGAAGAGUGGUGCCCGCCCCUUCCAGAGAGGACCUAUCUGACCGAGGGUUGUGAGGAUGGUCCCGCCCCUCCCCUCAGGGGUGGCGCCUCGUCCCCCACCACCUCCUACAGUCACCAGUCCACCGCCACUCUCACGCCAUCGCCCCGAGAGGAGAGCCACCAUCCACCCCACGACACAGCAUGCCUUCACCACAAUGACGGGCAGCAUCUAGCACGGUAUGACAUGACAAGACACAGCCUAACAAAACAAAACAUAGUCAAAUUCUAAAAGUCACAUCAUGUAUGUACAGGUAGACACUGUAGCCAUACAAAUGGGGAUAGCAUUGAAUACCCUCUUGUUCAGAUGAAUGAGGUGGUAAUAACAUAGACUAAUAAAGCAAUUAAUGCUUUGGUAUGGUAAUUGCCCAAUGUCAUUAACAGCAGAUAGCACAAUACUCAUGAUAUUUGCAGUAAAAUCUCUCCCUCAAAUGAACAAAACAAUAGUUCAAUUGUGUAAUGUAAUAAAAGUAUGUAAUUGCUAUUGCUAACCACCCUCUCUUUCUUUGCCAUUAUACAGUAGGUUACCUUGUGGUCCCGUCCCAGUGCCCCGGGCGCCCAGCCCUCCCCUCACCCAGUCCAACCCCAACCUCUCAGCCCAGCAGCACGGUGAGGGCUCCGAGGGGGGCACGCCGAUCCGCAAUGGCUCGGCCCAUCGCCGUGACCUCAGCCAGGGGGCAACGCUGAGUGCUGACAAUGUCAGCUCCACCACACCUGGUCAGUGAUGCUUACCGCUCUGCACAAACACACACGAGUGAAUGUACCACACACAGAUGUGCAUAUACACAUCCAUACAGAUGCUGUAUCCUAAUUGAAUCAUCCUGUUGUUUCAGGAAUGUUCCUGCACAGCAGGAAAUGCAAACUUGUAGUGUAUUCAAGGCUUAAAAAGGCUUCUAAAGUUAGCAAUUUCCACAUUAAAAUAUCAGACUUGAUUUGCAGGAUUAUUUUCCUGGGAGAGAAACCGGGUCAAAUUAAGAUACAGUAUAUGUACGUACAUGCACGCACACACACACGCACGCACACACAACACACACAGAAAAUUAUGUUUUAUUUAUAUCCGGUAUGUAAUUAAUGUAAUUCGUAAUACCUAAACAAAGAGCUGAAAUUACAUAAGACAUUGCAAUGUUGUUAUUUGCUUCAAAGGACACAUAACCCCUUUACCUUUAUAGUAAUUUUUUUGUACUCUCUGGCUGACCUACAGUAAGAGCUCUGCCCUCCCCAGCAGACAACACACACACUCCCCCUGGCCAGAAGUCACGAGUGAAAAAGAAGACUUACAGAAGAGAGGUGCUGAACCAAGGAGGUUAGUGUUUCAAGAUUAAUUAACAAUGCAAUAAGAAAUAAUAACAGAUAAGAAAACGAACAUAAAGUAAAUGGCUCAGUAGAAUAGAAGUAUAAUACAGGAAGGCACAAUUUAUAGUCCAAUAUUUACACAUAAUAUUGGGGAAGGGGUGAUUCGCGGGCAAGUGUUUAAAUUGUGGAGUGUUUAACAAUCAAAAUAAGAGUCUGGUAGCAGCAGUUGUGAUGUGUGAGUAGCAUGAAUAUCCAACCAGUGAAAUGCUUUCUUACAAGCCCUUAACCAACAAUGCAGUUUUAAAGAAAAAUAAGUGUUAAGAAAGUAUUUACUAAAAUAAACUGAAGUAAAAAAAUAAAAAGAAGAAAAUAGAAAAAUAAACAAUAAUUAAAGAGCAACAUUAAAAUAACAGUAACGAGGCUAUAUACAGAGGGUACCGGUACAGAGUCAAUGUGCAGGGGCACAGGUUAGUUGAGGUAAUUGAGGUAAUAUGUACAUGUAGGUAGAGGUAAAGUGACUAUGCAUAGGGUCAAUGCAAAUAAUCCGGGUAGCCAUUUCAUUAGCUGUUCAGGAGUCUUAUGGCUUGGGGGUAGAAGCUGUUAAGAAGCCUUUUGGACCUAGACUUGGCACUCUGGUACCGCUUGCCAUGCGGUAGCAGAGAGAACAGUCUAUGACUAGGGUGGCUGGUCAUAUAUUUGUAGGACCUUCCUCUGACACCGACUGGUAUAGAGGUCCUGUAUGGCAGGUAGCUUGGUCCCAGUGAUAUACUGGGCCGUACGCACUACCCUCUGUAGUGCCUUGCGGUCGGAGGCCGAGCAGUUGCCAUACCAGGCGGUGAUGCAACCAGUAAGGAUGCUCUUGAUGGUGCAGCUGUAUAACUUUUUGAGGAUCUGAGGACCCAUGCCAAAUAUUUUCAGUCUCCUGAGGGGGAAUAGGCAUUGUCAUGCCCGCUUCACGACUGUCUUCGUGUAUUUGGACCAUGAUAGUUUGUAGGUGAUGUGGACACCAAGGAACUUGAAGCUCUUAACCUGCUCCACUACAGCCCCGUCGAUGAGAAUGGGGGCAUGCUCGGCCCUCCUAUUCCUGUAGUCCACAAUAAUCUCCUUUGUCUUGAUCACGUUGAGGGAGAGGUUGUUAUCCUGGCACCACACUGCCAGGUCUCUGACCUCCUCCCUAUAGGCUGUCUCAUCGUUGUCGGUGAUCAGGCCUACCAUUGUUGUGUCAUCAGCAAACUUAAUGAUGGUGUUGGAGUCGUGCCUGGCCAUGCAGUCAUGGGUGAACAGGGAGUACAGGAGUGGACUGAGCACGCACCCCUGAGGGGCCCCCGUGUUGAGGAUCAGCGUGGCAGAUGUGUUGUUACCUACCCUUACCACCUGGGAGCGGCCCGUCAGGAUGUCCAGGAUCCAGUUGCAGAGGGAGGUGUUUAGUCCCAGGGUCCUUAGCUUAGUGAUGAGCUUUGAGGGCACUAUGGUGUUGAACGCUGAGCUGUAGUCAAUGAAUAGCAUUCUCACUUAGGUGUUCCUUUUGUCCAGGUGGGGAAGGGCAGGGUGGAGUGCAAUAGAGAUUGCGUUAUCUGUGGAUCUGUUGGGGCGGUAUGCAAAUUGGAGUGGGUCUAGGGAUUCUGGGAUAAUGAUGUUGAUGUGAGCCAUGACCAGCCUUUCAAAGCACUUAGUGGCUACAGACGUGAGUGCUACGGGUUGGUAGUCAUUUAGGCAGGUUACCUUGGUGUUCUUGGGCACAGGGACUAUGGUGGUCUGCUUGAAACAUGUUGGUAUAACAGACUCGGUCAGGGACAGGUUGAUAAUGUCAGUGAAGACACUUGCCAGUUGGUCACUACAUGCUCAGAGUACACGUCCUAGUAAUCCGUCUGGCCCUGCAGUCUUUUGAAUGUUGACCUGUUUAAAGGUCUUACUCACAUCGGCUACGGAGAGUGUGAUCACACAGUCGUCUGGAACAGCUGGUGCCCUCAUGCAUGCUUCAGUGUUGCUUCUCUCGAAGCGCGCAUAGUAGUAAUUUUGCUCGUCUGGUAGGCUGGUGUCACUGGGCAGCUCGUGGCUGUGCUUCCCUUUGUAGUCCGUAAUCGUUUGCAAGCCCUGCCACAUCCGACGAGCGUUGGAGCCGGUGUAGUAGGAUUCAAUCUUAGUCCUAUAUUGACAUUUUGCCUGUUUGAUGAUUCGUCGGAGGGCAGAGUGGGAUUUCAUAUAUGUGUGUACAGUGCCUUGCAAAAGUAUUCAUCCCCCUUGGCGUUUUUCCUAUUUUGUUGCAUAACAACCUGUAAUUUAAAUGGAUUUUUAUUUGGAUUUUAUGUAAUGGACAUACACAAAAUAGUCCAAAUUGGUGAAGUGAAAAUACAAUUAAAAAUAACGGAAAAGUGGUGCGUGCAUAUGUAUUCACCCCCUUUGCUAUGAAGCCCCUAAAUAAGAUCUGGUGCAAACAACUAAGAAAGGGGGACCACCAAGCAAGCGGCACCAUGAAGACCAAGGAGCUCUCCAAACAGGUCAGGGACAAAGUUGUGGAGAAGUACAGAUCAGGGUUGGGUUAUAAAAAAAUAUCAGAAACUUUGAACAUCCCACGGAGCACCAUUAAAUCCAUUAUUAAAAAAUGGAAAGAAUAUGGCACCACAACAAACCUGCCAAGAGAGGGCCGCCCACCAAAACUCACAGACCAGGCAAGGAAGGCAUUAAUCAGAGAGGCAACAAAGAUACCAAAGAUAACCCUGAAGGAGCUGCAAAGCUCCACGGCGGAGAUUGGAGUAUCUGUCCAUAGGACCACUUUAAGCCGUACACUCCACAGAGCUGGGCUUUACGGAAGAGUGGCCAGAAAAAAGCCAUUGCUUAAAGAAAAAAAUAAGCAAACACGUUUUCGCCAAAGGCCAUGUGGGAGACUCCCCAUACAUAUGGAAGAAGGUACUCUGGUCAGAUGAGACUAAAAUUGAGCUUUUUGGCCAUCAAGGAAAACGCUAUGUCUGGCGCAAACCCAACACCUCUCAUCACUCCGAGAACACCAUCCCCACAGUGAAGCAUGGUGGUGGCAGCAUGAUGCUGUGGGGAUAUUUUUCAUCGGCAGGGACUGGGAAACUGGUCAGAAUUGAAGGAAUGAUGGAUGGCGCUAAAUACAGGGAAAUUCUUGAGGGAAACCUGUUUCAGUCUACCAGAGAUUUGAGACUGGGACGGAGGUUCACCUUCCAGCAGGACAAUGACCCUAAGCAUACUGCUAAAGCAACACUUGAGUGGUUUAAGGGGAAACAUGUCAAUGUCUUGGAAUGGCCUAGUCAAAGCCCAGACCUCAAUCCAAUUGAGAAUAUGUGGUAUGACUUAAAGAUUGCUGUACACCAGCGGAACCCAUCCAACUUGAAGGAGCUGGAGCAGUUUUGCUUUGAAGAAUGGGCAAAAAUCCCAGUGGCUAGAUGUGCCAAGCUUAUAGAGACAUACUCCAAGAGACCUGCAGCUGUAAUUGCUGCAAAAGGUGUCUCUACAAAGUGUUGAAUAGUUAUGCACGCUCAAGUUCUGUUUUUUUUAAAUCUUAUUUCUUGUUUGUUUCACAAUAAAACAUAUUUUGCAUCUUCAAAGUGGUAGGCAUGUUGUGUAAAUCAAAUGAUACAAACCCCCCAAAAAUCAAUUUUAAUUCCAGGUUGUAAGGCAACAAAAUAGGAAAAAUGCCAAGGGGGGUGAAUGCUUUUGCAAGCCACUGUAUAUAUGUGUGUGUGUGUGUGUCUGUGUGGGUGUGUGCGUGAGUGAGUGCAUGUUUGCUAAGUUGCAGAGAGUCAGUGCAGGUGGUCAGUCCAGUUUUAGUGUUCAGUAGUCUGAUAGUUUGUAGAUAGAAACUGUCUCUGAGGCUGUUGGUAUCAGACGUCAUUCUCUGAUACCGUCUGCCCGACGGUAAGGGAGUGAACAGCUCGUGGCUGGGGUGUGUGUGUGUGCCUGUGUGUGUGUGCAUACGUGUUUGGAUGAAUGAACAAACAAAUAAAUUAAUGUGUGUUGGGCAUGAGCAUGUCUCUCUGUGUGUAAAGCCUACAUUAUGUAUUUUUGCCUAUAUGCUUAUAUUUACUGUUCUUCCAGCGCAGUGUAACCCUAACCCUGUUGUCCAUGUCUGUCUUCUCCUCCAGACCUCCCCCCUCCACCAGAGCCACCUCCAGAGAAUGGAGCAGUGUGGGGCCCAGCAGCAGCUGUAGACUGUGACAACACGUCCCUGGACAGAGAGGGGGGCCCCGGGCUCUUGUCGUCCAUAGAGAGGAGAGAAGGAGAGAGGUGCACUCCCAACAGGAAGGGAUCAGGACGGCGACGCCAAGACGGUGAGUGGUGCAAAUACUGAAGUGUGGUGUUCACACACAUGCUCAGUCCCAUAUUCACAGCACACACACAAGCCCAGCCAGAGCCUUUGCAAUAGCCUAUUAGCACUCACACGCAAACACAGUCACUCAUUCACCCAGAAAAUACUCAUUCACAUUUAAAUUUGCACAUAUAAUAAUACAUAAAUCAAUCAUGCUCAUGAACACCUUCUCUCACACACACUAACAUAUGAAUACAUUUCAAUUCAUAAAUCCAUCCAUUAAAAAGUCACAACUUAGUACUCCCGCCUUCCUACAAGACCCUCUCAUCAGUAGAAUAUAGCCAUUGCUCUUACUCUCCAUUCCCAACAUGUAAAUCUCUGAUCCUUGACCCUAACUCUCCCCUCUCCCCCAAUCCCAUCUCCUCCACAGAUGAGGACCUGAUCCCAUAUGGCAAACCCAGCUACCUGGUGGGGCGGGGGGGUCAUAUGUCCAGCAACUGCUCCACCACAGGAAGCUCCUCAUCGCGGGGCUCCACAGGGUCACGAGGGGGUCACUGCCUGGGCAGGAAACGCAACGAGGUGAGGAGGUGAUUUCUGGUUCUUGGGAGCCACAAUAUCUGUUGGUUUUCUCUUCUCUCUUGCAUUUAGUUGAGCUAUUCAUAUCAGGAAGUGGGGCAAGAAGAGACACUACGGUAGUGGUAAUAGUGCUAAUACAAGGGGACCAUGGUUGGUUCUUGUUCUUGGGAGCUACAAUGUCUGCCGGUGUUUAUGGAUUAAUUGGGGGCUGAGAAGAGAUACUACAGAAGAGGCGACCUAGGAUAAUGUCAGGUUUUGUGUUUUAGCUAAGACAGGGAUAGGCAACUCAUUAUUAUUUCUUUAUUUCUUUAUUUUGUUUUUAUAAAAACAUUUUAGGGGGUGGAUCAGCUUUAAUAUUGCAAAUAGAUUGUGGCUUCUAUCAAUGUAAUUGUCUGCAUCAUUUCCAAUCCCCCAUAUAUAUUUUUUAUAAAUAUAUACAGUACAAGUCAAAACACUUGUUUGGUUACUACAUGAUUCCAUAUUUGUUAUUUCAUAGUUUUGAUGUCUUCACUAUUAUUCUACAAUGUAGAAAAUAGUACAAAUAAAGAAAAACCCUUGAAUGAGUAGGUGUGUCCAGACUUUUGACUGGUACUGUAUAUUUGUUUAUAUGUUUUCCUUUAUUAUUUUCCCCUAACCCUACCAUCCCUCCCCUAAUUGGAGUAAACUAAUGGACAACAACACUUAGGCUUCUACUUCCAGCUUAUACAUACUAUAGUCAACACUUUGUCCAUUUCUCUCUUUUAAAAAAUUCACUUGUUAACGAAUGUCAGCUCAAGAUCUUUCCCUGCAGCCGCUGUAUCUCACCUGGCCAAAAAUGUUGCACCUUUCAUAGACCAUGUACUAUGAAAAUACAUACAUCAUUUAAUUCAAGUGUGCCCCUUUACCACGCAUUGGUCUUUGUCAAUAAAACAAAGUACAGAUCAGUAUUCAGCAAAUGUAUUCAGUUUCUUUACACAGCUCAGGGCAUAGAUAAUAUAACAGUCAUAUCACAGAUAGAACAAUGAGACAGACAUUGCAAUGGAUGUAGAAAUGUGAAGCAUCCACUUGGCGUUUCCACUCACUACCAAAUAUGAUAGUGAGAGGAAGCCCACUGGCGGGCAGUGGGAGAAGAUGGAAUAAGAUGGAUUUUGGCCAACAUUCUGCAGACUUUCACAUCGAUGAAACAUUUGAUCUCAAUACAGUUUUCUGUUCCCAAAACUAGAAUCUGCUAUGAACAGAGUGGACUAAGUUCUGUAGACUUUACCCUUUGCAAAAGUUUUAAAAAAUGGCGUUGUUUAGAAGGAGUGCAAAGGCAAAUUGAGUUAUUGCACAUGCGCACUUCACAGAGUAGGCGUUCCCUAACGGAAAUAUGCAGAUCCAUGCUAGAACACGCCAAUAGGAUCUCGCUAGCUCAUGCUUGACUCUGCCCCACUCCUUGCUUGUUCUGCCCACUUUGGCUCAUUUGUUCCCAUUGGAAACAGGCUGUGGUCCAUCUUGGUUUAUUUAUACAAAUCUUUGUUUAUAUUGUCUAUGGUUCAGUGCUAAUGUCAUACAAUGAGGGAAAAAAGUAUUUGAUCCCCUGCUGAUUUUGUACGUUUGCCCACUGACAAAGAAAUGAUCAGUCUAUAAUUUUAAUGGUAUGUUUAUUUGAACAGCGAGAGACAGAAUAACAUCAAAGAAAUCCAGAAACGCAUGUCAAAAAUGUUAUAAAUUGAUUUGCAUUUUAAUGAGGGAAAUAAGUAUUUGACCCCCUCUCAAUCAGAAAGAUUUCUGGCUCCCAAGUGUCUUUUAUACAGGUAACGAGCUGAGAUUAGGAGCACACUCUUAAAGGGAGUGCUCAUAAUCUCAGUUUGUUACCUGUAUAAAAGACACCUGUCCACAGAAGCAAUCAAUCAAUCAGAUUACAAACACUCCACCAUGGCCAAGACCAAAGAGCUCUCCAAGGAUGUCAGGGACAAGAUUGUAGACCUACACAAGGCUGGAAUGGGCUACAAGACCAUCGCCAAGCAGAUUGGUGAGAAGGUGACAACAGUUGGUGCGAUUAUUCGCAAAUGGAAGAAACACAAAAUAACUGUCAAUCUCCAUCGGCCUGGGGCUCCAUGCAAGAUCUCACCUCGUGGAGUUGCAAUGAUCAUGAGAAUGGUGAGGAAUCAGCCCAGAACUUUACGGGAGGAUCUUGUCAAUGAUCUCAAGGCAGCUGGGACCAUAGUCACCAAGAAAACAAUUGGUAACACACUACGCCGUGAAGGACAGAAAUCCUGCAGCGCCCGCAAGGUCCCCCUGCUCAAGAAAGCACAUAUACAGGGCCAUCUGAAGUUUGCCAAUGAACAUUUGAAUGAAUCAGAGGAGAACUGGGUGAAAGUGUUGUGGUCAGAUGAGACCAAAAUCGAGCUCUUUGGCAUCAACUCAACUCGCCGUGUUUGGAGGAGGAGGAAUGCUGCCUAUGACCCCAAGAACACCAUCCCCACCGUCAAACAUGGAGGUGGAAACAUUAUGCUUUAGGGGUGUUUUCUGCUAAGGGGACAGGACAACUUCACCGCAUCAAAGGGACGAUGGACGGCGCCAUGUACCGUCAAAUCUUGGGUACAUGGCGCCGUGACAAUGACAAUGACCCAAAACACACGGCCAAGGCAACAAAGGAGUGGCUCAAGAAGAAGCACAUUAAGGUCCUGGAGUGGCCUAGCCAGUCUCCAGACCUUAAUCUCAUAGAAAAUCUGUGGAGGGAGCUGAAGGUUUGAGUUGCCAAACGUCAGGCUCGAAACCUUAAUGACUUGGAGAAGAUCUGCAAAGAGGAGUGGGACAAAAUCCCUCCUGAGAUGUGUGCAAACCUGGUGGCCAACUACAAGAAACGUCUGACCUCUGUGAUUGCCAACAAGGGUUUUGCCACCAAGUACUAAGUCAUGUUUUGCAGAGGGGUCAAAUACUUAUUUCCCUCAUUAAAAUGCAAAUCAAUUUAUAACAUUUUUGACAUGCAUUUUUCUGGAUUUUUUUGUUGUUAUUCUGUCUCUCACUGUUCAAAUACCAUUAAAAUUAUAGACUGAUCAUGUCUUUGUCAGUGGGCAAACGUACAAAAUCAGCAGGGGAUCAAAUACUUUUUUCCCUCACUGUACAUGUCUAAAUAAUCAUUCACUAGCAUUGAAAUGCUGACUUGAGGGAUAACUGAGCAAAAUGACAAGCCCUGUCAAGAGUAUAGAUAUUAUUUUGAUAUAUGUCUACUAUUGCUUACAAAUACUAUAUUUCUCUCUAUAAUACACACACGCUCACAAAUUAUUGAUCUUGCCAUAAAAAAUAGGCACGCACACACGCACACACACACACACAAAACACAAAAUCUCCUGCACAGUGUGGGAUAAUAUCAAACCCAGCCCCCCACCCCACUCUCCCUCUGUUGUGCACUACUGAGUGUACACUUCUCUGUGUGAUCACUGCUUUAAGUGUACUCUCCGCAGGCUCCCUAGUCAGGGGGUAGAAGGCCUUUUAAGUGGGUACAAGCUGUGUAGUAUGCCCCCUGGGCUAAAAAAGACUAGAAAAGAAACAACCACAACAACAUUUUGACAUCUUUUCUAAAUUACUUUAAUAGUUAACCUACUGUACAACCACUUACUGGUACAUUGCAUUUACACUGAGCGCCCAUGGUGAUUCCCAGUGGUAACUUGCACUGUGUUUCUAGCUUUCAUCUGCCAUUGUUGCGACCAUUGUACCUCGACCUAAACAGACAAUUUGUAAUAUUGUAGUAUUAAGUGUCUUAAUGUUGCCAGAUAUAAAGCAUCUACCAACAUUUUACUCAUUUAGCAGACGCGCUUAUCCAGAGCGACUUACAUGAGCAAUUAGGGUUAAGUGCCUUGCUUAAGGGCACAUCGACAGAUUUUUCACCUAGUCGGCUCGGGAUUAGAACCAGCGACCUUUUGGUUACUGGCACAACCCUUACCCACUAAGCCAACCUAUCACCACGUCUACCUUUGUCAUUCAUUCAGCUAGGCUAUGCUCAGUAGAGCUUUAGCCAAUUAGUACUUGAUGACCUCAUUUAUUAGGUGCAGAAUUGGCUCUGUCAGUCCAGAUACUGUCCUACAGAUCUGAUGGUUCUCAGGCAAUAGGUGGCCCAAUGUUAGGUCGUUCACCUUUGACCUGCAUCAGAGAUCUAACAUGGGGAAAGCCUCACAGAACUCCCCCCCCCCCCCCCCCCCCCCCCCCCCGUGGACUACCCAGGAACUCACUCUGAUGCCCCCCUCACCUCCACUGCCCUUUGUGCUCCACCAGGAACAUUAAAGCUAGGGUCUUACAAAAGAUGGGCUGUGUGUUUCACUGCGGAGACAGUUUCGGGUUACCCCUAUCCUGUCACGGUGCUGAGCGUUAUCUUUCCACUUUGACAGAGUGGGUGAAUGGGGGGCCUGGUUUGGAUGGGGGGUAGGGGCAAGGGUCUUUACCCCCCAGUGGGGGAUGUGUUUUGUGUGACUCCCUCAGAUCUUGACUUCCUUGUUUAACGGCCAAUCCCCCAUGUGAUUACUGAGUCAAGUAGUCUAUGAAGGACGAACAAGAGCUGCUCCCAUAGGGCUGUUGACCAGCGUUUUGGGUUACAGUGAGAUAGAGCUGAAUAGGUUUUUUUUCCCUGGUUUAGAAACAUUAUAUGGUUAUUAGUCCAAAUUUGGGUUUUCUUCCAACAUUUUAUAAUUUAGGAGCCACCUCUGAUUUAGUUGUAUAGCUGGUUUUGGUUUCCGUUUUGAAAAUGAAUUGACAAAUCAAAUAAAUGUUGUUAUAUAUCUAGCGAUGUAGGCUAACUUUGUGAUUUUUGAGCUCCUACCUGUUAUGUGCAGAUAAUAAUUUUGAGAAAAAAAACAAGCCUUGGCUUUCUGCUUUUUGUUCCUUUUUUCACAUGUUUUCUGACACGUUUUCUGUCUUUUUCAGGAAAUGAGAUAAGUGGAUACAGGAACCCUCUCACGGAAAAACAAAACACCUUCCUUUGAUGCCUCCCAUUUUCUUUUUUUCCAUCGCAGCAAAAAGCUAGAAAAUAAAGAAUAAGAUCACAUUCUAAGGAACAAUGGAAGAAGAACAACAUUUUUUAAUUAUUAUUAUGAUUAUUUAUGACCCUUGGGCUCAUCCCGCAUUCAUUUGUAAAUAGACAUCUCUGUACUCUUUUUACGUGGUCUCUGGAUACAGGGAAAGAAAAAUUAUAUUGUAUUUAUAAGGAAAAACACAAAUGUAAAAAAUGUCCAUUAUUAUAAAAAGUUAAUGUCUUGAAUGUGCCAACCUCUUUUUUGUAGAAAUGCAUACCGUUCGAAAAGCAUAAAGGCUAUUGCACUUGUUGUGGCGGAGAAACAACUAAAAAUAUGAAGCACAACGUGUGUUGUUGUCAGGCAGCCGGCCGGACAGAUAACACUGCAGGGGUCCUCGUCCUCUCAGGACGCCUCUGCCUGUCUUCUCUGUCGUCUUUGGAUCCCUAUCGCCUGUGGUCCGAUAAGAAUGUCGUUAUUUUCUACCUUCUUUUUUUUUACAGAGAAAGCUUGUUGUGAACUGACGGACAGACGACGUUGUGAAAAGAUUGCAACCGUCACUUUUGAAGGAGUGUUGCUGCAACUGUGCGAUGACUUGUGUAUUCUGUUAAAAAAAAACCGAAAUGACCUGUUCUGUCGACUAACUUUUUG